AUUGCCUUGCGUAGGAGGCCCUGCCAGUGACCUCUUUACUCUGUUUGCUUGGCAAAGACACCUUCUGUGGAGUGUUGCAGCUUCCCUUCCCCGUUGCUCCAGCACAGUCCCAGCCCCCUGGCCUCUUUCAUCUCCUCCGCCUUGCAAAGAGAGCCAGUAUGAAGGUCGAUGUGGGAGCAACAACAGCAGCAGCCUCCGCCGCCACCAUCUCGCUUGCCCACGGCUGAAUGAUGGGGAAGGGCCGGAUCCUUGGAGGACCCAGCGCCUUUCUCUUCCUGCUGCUCCUUCUUCUGGGGGACAUCUCAGCACCUAGCACAAUGCCGUAAGCUGCUUGCCUGGACAUCUUCCCCUUCCCCUUCUCUCCCUGUGCUUUCCACAAACUUCUCGAAAGAAAAUUCGCUUAAUUAUAUAAAUUAGAACCAUGGAAUUGUAGAGUUGGAAAGGGACCAAAUUUCUUUUCUAUUUGGCACUACUCCCUCUCUUUUUAUUAGUUUUUUAACAUCCCAUUUUCAACAAUAAUUAAACAUACUUUUACAUCUUAUUCAAUGUUUUUGACUUCCAUCAGCCCUGUCUGAAAAUUUUCCAAUCUUAGCGUGCAUUUCUUAUUUUCCCUAUUACAUUUCAAACUUAUAACCAGUAUCUCUAUCUUUUUCUACUUUGUAACUCUUUGUAUAUUUCUCCUUACAAAACUUCUUGUAGUCCUACUAGCGUAAUUUGUUGAUUACAGUUGCUCUUCAAAUAAUUCAUAUACUUUUUCCAAUCUUCUGUAAAUCUCUGGUCCCGCAGGUUUCAAACUCUUCCUGUCAUUUUGUCCAAUUCUGCAUAGUCCAUUAAUUUCGUCUGCCAUUCUUCUUUCGUCGGAAUUUCUUCUUGCUUCCAUUUCUGGGCUAAUAGUACUCUUGCUGUAUUUGGUGCUACUCUGCGCAGUAUUGCAUUUCUAUUAUUUUGGAAGGGACAUAAAAGUCUCAUCUUAAACAAAACAACAUGGGUUGUAGCCACCUGUAAUGAGCCAUAGCCCUCUUCAGCUAUCUUAAGCGCUGUUACAUGGAAGAAGGAACAGGCUUGUUUUCUCCUGCUCUCGAGGGUAGGACUCGAACCCAUGGCUUCAAGUUACAAGGAAGGAGAUUCCGACUCAACAUUAGGAAGAACUUUCUGACAGCAAGAGCUGUUGGGCAGUGGAAUGGUCUCCCUGGGGAACUGUCCUUCCUUGGAGGUUUUUAAGCAGAGAUUGGAUGGCCAUCUGUCAUGGAGGCUUUAGAUGAGAUUCUGUAAUGCAUGGGGUUGGACUAGAGGACCCUCGGGGUCCCUUCAAACUCUAAUAUUAAUCAUUUAUAAUAAUAAUUUAUUAUUUGUACCCCGCCCGUCUGGCUGGGCUUCCCCAGCCACUCUGGGCAGCUUCCAACAAAGAUUAAAAAUAUAUCUAAGAUUCUAUGAUUCUAUGUCCUCAUUCCCCUUUCCCCCCAGGCAUCACUUGGUGCUGGUACCCUUCGUCCUCCAGGCAGAAACCUCCGAGAAGAUCUGUGUCCAUGUGAGGCACCUGAACGAGUCAGUGACGGUGAGCAUCACCCUGGAAAAUCUAGCAGAGACUCGCACCAGCCAUGUGGUGUCCAAGACAAAUCUGUUCCAGUGCAUCCCAUUCCGGGUGAGUUUUUCUCACUUAAGCAUGUUCUGUUUCAUGGAGAGCACGGGUUGCGGUGGGGUUAACCAGACACCCCUGUUGCUGGGCAAGUUGGUUGGGUCGGCCCAAAGUGUGAUUGGACUCCUCAGGUUGCUUUGGAGAUUUUGAUGUUGCCUUUGAGUGACAGCCUGGGUUGAAUAUAUUCCCUGCUUCCUCUUUUGCUGCGAGCAUCGGAUCACCUGCCCACCCUCCUUAAUUUUAGGGUGUUUUUUGCGUUUGACCUUGCUAUGCCUGUCAUGGGGUCGUCUGCUUUUGGGGCAGGGGCCUGGUAGGAAUUUUGUCCAUUUGGCUGAUUGGCUGGUGCCGUUUGGUUUUUGCCUACUGCGUAGCAAAUUGUCACAACUUGCAAGGUUGCGGUUAGGCAUUGGUUUUAGGAAAAAUUGGUUGGUGAAGGGGUAUGGAUUGGCUGUGCCUGCCCCUCCAGUGCUGUUGCUGCAAGGGUAUUCCAUUAAAGGAUCCAGGGGCUCACCAUGCUUUUGUCCGCACCCCUGUCAAGGGGGAUAGGGCCACGCAAGAGCCCCUGGGAGCAUUUGGGGAGAGGUGAGGGUCUGGCACCCAACUCCGUCUACUCCCCAUAAAAUGUUUUCCCUUACUGACUUCGCAGGCUCGUGGAUGUCAGUUCUGUCUCUGGGCAGGGACAGGUAGUCGUAACCAAUGCCUAAGCAACCCCUCACAUUGUUUGCAUUUUAAUAAAGUUGUGGCUAAAAUUAUGCCAAAAACCUUAAACAAAAAUUAUGGUGUGAAGUGUGAAUUUAUUUAGGGGUGGCUUGGGGACCUCGACGCGCAACCAUUUUGUUUUCUGUUACUGAUCAAGAUGUCUGGGCAUUUUCCCAAGGAAAAGCAGGAUGGUUGUGGUCUCGUAGGAAGCUGCCUUAUCCCAAGUCAGAACACUGGCCUGUCCAGCUCGGAACUGACUUGGCAGCAGCUCUCCAGGAUUUUGGACUCCAUCCUAAGGAGGACCUGCCCAUCCCCACCUGUGGCCUUUGAUCCGAACCCCUCCAACCUGCUUGCCCUGCUCUUGGUCAACCCAAGGAUUACCUAUCCCUCCCUGAAUUCAGUCCCAAACUAGCUGGGUGUCAAGGCUUCAGGAAAGCUAUUCCUCCCUCAGCUGCAGCAAGAGCAGAGAAAACAAGGCAGAGUCUCAUAUAUAUAUAGAUAUAUAACAAUUUCAACAUAACAAUAUAUCAAAACAUAUCAUAUUCAUUAUUUCCCCCCUUUUCCCCACUCCCCAUCAAACCCUCUCUCUCCCCCAAGACUUCCCUCAGCUCCUCUCUCUGAUUUCUCAGCACAUGUUAUUCUCUGCAUAUUAUAAAAUUAUAUCAGUCCUUAUAUUACCUAUCUACCAUGUUGUCAAUCAAUAAAUUUGUGUAUGUUUAUUCAAAACCUGCCGAGGAGUCCAAUUCGUUUUGUUGUCUUUUUAAAUUUUUUGCAUAAAGUUCCCAUUCUUCUUUAAAGUCACAGUUGUCCUUGUCUCGCAAUUUGGACGUCAACUUCGCCAGUUCUGCAUAGUUCAUCAAUUUCUCUUGCCAUUGUUCCUUUGUCGGGGUUUCCUCAUUCUUCCAUCCUUGUGCUAUCAAGACUCUUGCCGCUGUUGUGGCAUACAUGAAUAAAUUUGACAUUUGUAAAAAAACAACCACCCAGAGGCAGUGUAGGACAAGACUUGCCAAAGAAAACAAAUGCAUAGACUUUUUAAAUGAGUUUAUUCAUUCAUAAUAGCGAGAGACAAAAGAAUGCAACAAGCCCUGACAAUGGCGUUGCUCCAACUGGGCUCCUCCUUCUGAGCAACAGCGCCUCCCUUUACGGUGGCCGCAUGUGGCCAAAUGUCUCUGAUUCUGUCGUUCCUGCGCUCUUAAUGAAUGCUGCUUUCUGGAAGAAGGGGGAGGGUCAGAAAUACUCUCCAGUGACAACGUGUCCGCUCUGCCUCUGCCUCUGCCUCCUCUCCCCCUUCUUCUAAUACUUCCCAACUCUCGUUCAUCUAUCUCUGAACUGUGACCUCCCUCAACCCCCUGCUGUAAAUCGAUGGUGCAGUCCUCUUCUUCCGCCCACAGCCGCCCCAAGGUGGGCUCGAACAACCAACCUUCUGGUUGACAGCUGGAUGCACUAACCCAUUGAUCUAUGCCAUGGGUAGGCAAACUAAGGCCCGGGGACCGGAUCUGGCCCCAUCGCCUUCUAAAUCCGGCCCGCAGACGGUCCAGGACUCUAAGGGUUUUUACAUGAGUAGAAUGUGUCCUUUAAUUUAAAACGCAUCUCUGGGUUAUUUGUGGGGCAUAGGAAUUUAGCAGAUUUCCACCAGCCUUUGGACUGCAACUCCCAUUGGAGUUGGGCCGGUGUUGGAAGUUAGCCUGGCUGUUGGCCCCCCGCGACCAAAUGAAGAUGCCUGGGGGGCACAAUGGCGCCUGACAUCUCCACCACCUGGAGGUGCCUGCCUGGGGUGUUGGAAUGUUCUAGAGGAAACUUGAAAGUGGUCUUGAACAAGUUGCUAGGCAACAGAAAAUCUCCCCAGCAACAGGUGUCCUUCUUAGGGCAUGUGAUCAACUAAGUCUGGGUCAGUGUAAAUGGGUAUGUGAAUGGGUCAGUAUUAGGUCUCUGGCCGGAUGGGUAAAAGAGAAAAGGAUCAUGUUGUUUUAUUUGUUUUUGACCGGUGUAAAGUUUUGUAAAUAAGAAAGGCUCUGAGAAACAGAACCAAAUGGUGUGUACGGUGGACGCUCGGGUUGCGAACGUGAUUCGUGCGGGAAGCAUGUUUGCAACCUGCAGCGUUCGCAACCCGCGAUUUGGCGCUUCUGCGCAUGUGCAGAGCACGAUUUAGUGCUUCUAUGCAGGCGCAAGCCCCAAAACCUGGAAGUAACCAAUACCGGUACUUCUGGGUUCGGUGCAGUGCCCAACCUGAAAUCGCGCAACCCGAAGCGUCUUUAACCUGAGGUAUGACUGUAUUCCUGUAAUGGGAAUUCCACUAAGUAAAAGAUGCAGGAAAAUUUUUCUGUAAAAGAAACUCUGCUGCAGAACGAAAAGAAAACCCAUGAGCUCACGCACCAACAUGGGGAUCCUUGGAUCGUGGCUGACUUCACACACAAGCAACACAUCCUGUAGAAUUCUAUCCGUUAUAUUUUAUCUGUACAAUCAGAAUGAAUUUCAGGAACCAAUAUGCUUUUUCUGUGCAGCCUGAGCAAGAGCGUGAACAAUGUUACUGUUACCCACGGGUAGGCAAACUAAGGCCCGGGGGCCGGAUCUGGCCCAUUCGCCUUCUAAAUCUGGCCCACGGACGGUCCGGGAAUCAGCAUGUUUUUACAUGAGUAGAAUGUGUGCUUUUGUUUAAAAUGCAUCUCUGGGUUAUUUGUGGGGCAUAGGAACUUGUUCAUUAUUAUUUUUCAAAAUAUAGUCCAGCCCCCCACAAGGUCUGAGGGACAGUGGACCGGCCCCCUGCUGAGAAAGGUUGCUGACCCCUGCCCUACCCCACUGCCCUGCUCACAGUUGUGAAGAAUCUUUGUACAUUCUGAAUGGUCUGUGUCACCAUUCAGUAAAAAGAGGUCGGAAUAGGCCAAUAUGUAUGUGGACUGUCCCUGGAUCGAGUGACUUUUCUUCUCUAAUGCUCCUGCCUUCCGCCUUCUCCCUCUUCUUCAAGGUCCCCAGAUUGAGUAACUCUCCCGAUGCUUCUGAGGCCACCCUCACCGUGGAGGUGGAGGUGAAGGUGGGGCUGUUGAUAGCCCACGAACAGAAACAGGUGCUGGUCAGGAACCCGGAGAGCUUGGUCUUUGUCCAGACAGACAAGCCCAUCUACAAGCCAGGACAGGAAGGUAAGUGAGAGGCUGCAGUCGCAGCAGUGACAGUGGGAGAAUCCCCUACAGAUCACGCUUCCCUUUUCCAAAUACUUUUUAUUAAGCGGACCCUUCUUGCUGUGGGAAUGUUGAAGAAAGUAGGAGAGGAUAUAUUGAUUAAAUAUUACCCGUCCCGACUCACGCUAGUGAGCAAGCAGCAAAGCACAUUCCCUUGCAGAUUGUUGGAAGCAAGUUGAUGGAUUUGUUAGUUAAGCAAUCCAGUCUGAAUUGCUCCUGGUAAGUUUCCCCUCUUAAAAUAAUAAUAACACGGCAGUCUUCUUUAAAAGUAAGAGUAAGGUUUACAGUGGACACUCGGGUUGCGAACGUGAUCAGUGUGGGAGGCACGUUCGCAAGCCGCAGCACCGAGGCUGUGCACGCGCGGGUCAUGAUUCGGCACUUCUGCACAUGCGUAAAGUGCCAUUUAGUGUUUCUGUGCAUGCUUGAGCACUGAAACCUGGAAGAAACCCGUUCCGGUACUUCUGGGUUCGGCAUGGUGCGAAACCCGAAAACGCGCAACCUGAAGCGUCUGCAACCCGAGGUAUGACUGUACUUACAUUCAGUUCACAGCAGUAAUCUGAAGGCAGGCUUUAUCUUGUGGUUACAGUUACAUUUGUAGAGAAAAGAAGUCUCUGAGCUAGGCCUCAGACUCUCUACCUCGUGGCUUCCAUCCUUUGUAAGGAUGAGCCGUGUGCUGCUGGCUAAGAGCCAGCAGAGAGGAAGAUGGCAAAAGAGCCAAAAAGCCAAAGAUGGCUGCAUGGCUGGCCCUUUUAUAGGGUCUGGUAGGGUCACACCCAUCUACUUGUUCACACACAGGGGGUGGAGGCUCCAGAGCAGGUAUGACAGGAAGUCCUCCCUGUCUGAAGCAACAUUCCCCUGUGUGUCUACUCUAGGCAACAGGAAAUGUUGUGUUUGACUGCUUCAGCGAUGAUACAUCCCACACUUGCCAGGGCAUCAGCUGCCAAACAUUCCUCUUUUGACCAGAGAUUUUUAGGGGGUUUGAACUGAGUACCAUCUCCAUGUGCUCGGCUCCUGAGCAGAGUCACAUGUAAAUCCUUCCCCUCCUUCUUCCUUUCAUAGUUCGGUUCCGCAUCAUGUCUGUGGACAAAGAUUUCCGACCCUUGAACGAGACGGUGAGUUUCGUCAUCACGUGCGCCAUGCUGGUCUCUGGAACAUUUGGUAAACCUCUUUCGAUCCAUGCAGACUUUUGGGCCUACAAAGAGGGAUGGGACACUUUGCCCUUAAGUUAGUUAAACAAACAUGGCACGCCCCCCCAUAUCCACCUCUCUGUUUCCGAUGUUCAGGCUGCAAGUGCUGAUCUUCAUAAAUCUCGAAACAGCAACAUGCAUACGCACGAGGGGGUGGGGACUAGCAGCUUCUGAGGAACUUCAAGGUUUGGAGAAGUAUGUUAAAUCUCCUAGAACCGAAUCCAAAGGUUGCGAGGAGGAGUGGCUGCUGUUAUGGAACAUGGCAUGUUUGCAGAGGAAGGACUUUCGUGAUGCAAGGAUGCUUGGCCUUAUUUCCAUCUCUCCUCUCCACCCAUCUCACACGCACCCCUUCUGUAGGGUCCUUGCCAGAACCAGGCCUGGCAGCAUCAGGGCUGGAGGGUAGAGAUUGCUUGACUAGAACAGCAACAUACCCCAGGGGGGCAUUUUACUCUUCCCCAGUUGGGGAGAGCAAGACCUUCUCUACUGGACUUGCCCACCUGAUUGGAAUGUAUAUGCUUUGAGCUGUGGCCUUUGUUUCUUGUAAGCACCAUGCUAUUUUCAUUGAUGAGUUGUUUUAUUUGAAUGAGUACAAACAGGAGAAUUCCUUUAUGCAAAGAUCCAGGUUAGGAGCAAGAGAUCCAGGUUAGGAGCAAGAUGAGGGAACCCCUGCAGAGAUUUAAAAUCACAACACAAUUCAAGGCGUGGAAAUAUAAGCUGUUAGAGCUUUAAAAUAUGCCCUUCUAAGUUCCUUCCAAAGUUUUCCACUUCCCCUAGUGUAGAAAAAGGCAACACUUUAAAAAUGGUUUACUUACAAACUCUUCAAAGGUCAGGUUCAUGUGUUUUUCCAUACAGCUUUCAGAAAACAUAGACAGUAGGACUUACCUUUUAACGUGCAAUGUUUUAUUGUGUUUUUACAUAUGUUGGAAGCCGCCCAGAGUGCCUGGGGCAACCCAGUCAGAUGGGCGGGGUACAAAUAAUAAAAUUAUUAUUAUUAUUACAGGCUAGUUCCAAAGUGAUGAAAAUUCCUAAAUGAAAUUCCUAAAAUGUUUAUAUAGGAACACAAGGAUGGCUAAAUUCCUAAAUGAAAUUCCUAAAUUGUUUAUAUAGGAACACAAGGAUGGCUUUGUUUUUUUAAAAAAGUCAUUCACUGUGAGCUUGGAGCAACCAGCUCAGACCUUUUUACAGGUCUGACAUGGUAGAAUGAAGAAAACAAUAGGACAAAAAGUCUUCCUCCCAAAGUGAAGUGGAGUGACUUACCUAGGCCUGGCAGGACAGUUUACUCUAUGACAUUAACCCCUUCAUGCAUAAAUUAGACUUCAGCUGGGUAUCCAGCAUUAUUAACUGGGACCAUUAUGGUGAAGGAGCUUAGAGAUAUUGGAAACAAACAAAUCAAGGUGGGAGCAGGUUUGUGUGGUGCCGGGAAGGGUAACACCAUUCACUGCUGUCUCUGACCCCCCCCUCUUCUUUUUACUCCACAGUUUCCAUUGGUUUACAUCCAGGUAAGUGUCUAAUUCCCCGCCUCUACUCCACCACCUCUCAUCAUCACACCAGAGCGGCUGUUACAUUUGCCCCACUCAGACCACCUUUCCUAAUAUCCAGAGGCUGCUUCAUUCCAUAGCUUCCCCAUAAGCCGCUCAGAUCUCCUGAGGGUUUUAAUUUUGCCAUCCUUAACAAGUGUUACGCGCCUAAGUUCAUCCCUUUCUGCAACCCCUUUGUGGGGUUCUUCAAAAGAAAAACCCAGGCAGCAGUUUUGGAGGGACCAUUAGAAUCAUAGAAUCAUAGAGUUGGAAGAGACCACAAGGGCCAUCGAGUCCAGCCCCCUGCCAAGCAGGAAACACCAUCAGAGCACUCCUGACAUAUGGUUGUCAAGCCUCUGCUUAAAGACCUCCAAAGAAGGAGACUCCACCACACACCUUGGCAGCAAAUUCCACUGUCGAACAGCUCUUACUGUCAGGAAGUUCUUCCUAAUGUUUAGGUGGAAUCUUCUUUCUUGUAGUUUGGAUCCAUUGCUCCGUGUCCGCUUCUCUGGAGCAGCAGAAAACAACCUUUCUCCCUCCUCUAUGUGACAUCCUUUUGUAUAUUUGAACAUGGCUAUCAAAUCACCCCUUAACCUCCUCUUCUCCAGGCUAAACAUGCCCAGCUCCCUUAGCCGUUCCUCAUAAGGCAUCGUUUCCAGGCCUUUGACCAUUUUGGUUGCCCUCCUCUGGACACGUUCCAGUUUGUCAGUGUCCUUCUUGAACUGUGGUGCCCAGAACUGGACACAGUACUCCAGGUGAGGUCUGACCAGAGCAGAAUACAGUGGCACUAUUACUUCCCUUGAUCUAGAUGCUAUACUCCUAUUGAUGCAGCCCAGAAUUGCAUUGGCUUUUUUAGCUGCUGCGUCACACUGUUGGCUCAUGUCAAGUUUGUGGUCAACCAAGACUCCUAGAUCCUUUUCACAUGUACUGCUCUCAAGCCAGGUGUCACCCAUCUUGUAUUUGUGCCUCUCAUUUUUUUUGCCCAAGUGCAAUACUUUACAUUUCUCCCUGUUAAAAUUCAUCUUGUUUGUUUUGGCCCAGUUCUCUAAUCUGUCAAGGUCGUUUUGAAGUGUGAUCCUGUCCUCUGGGGUGUUAGCCACCCCUCCCAGUUUGGUGUCAUCUGCAAAUUUGAUCAGGAUGCCCUUGAGUCCAUCAUCCAAGUCGUUGAUAAAGAUGUUGAAUAAGACCGGGCCCAAGACACAACCCUGUGGCACCCCACAAGUCACUCUUCUAAAGUGUGGCUGAAAAGACUAUUUGGCCCAUGAGGGAAAUGGCUAGGACCUUCUCCUGUGCUACAUCAUCAUCAUCGUUUGUUUUUUUAAAUAUUUCACUCAUCCAAGCAGCCUGUUGACAUCCUUGGAGGUCACAGAUUGGAACUGAACCCACGCAACUUGGCAAGACAGGACUCUAGCAUUCUCCUGCCCAGGCCCUGUUCCCACGGUGGAGUCUACCUCUUUCCGAAUCUGAGCGACUUUGCAAAAUCAUUGCAGGAGAUCUUGGGGUCCUUACCAGGCUCUGAUGGUGAAGGUGGUUCCGUUAGAUUGCAAACCACCUGAAAGGGUCUCCUGCUACUGUUUCCUGCAGAUGCGUUAACACCCCAUAACAGAUUUAUGAGACUAAAACAUGGAACUAUAAUCUCUGGGGUGUAACCCUGAUGGAUAUUGUUAGUGCUGUUGAUGGAACUGCUUUAGCGUGUAUUUUAAAUUAUGUGUGGCUUUUGGAAUUGAUUGUAUACUUUUAAAAUUGAUUUUGUACUUGCAAACUGCUUAGAAGACAUUAGAAGAGCAUCUUUUCCUGCCCAUUUCCCACUCUCCCGGGGAAUUAAUUAGUUUUCAUGGCUUCUCAAAUAGACCUCAGUCUGUUGCCAUCCUUGGUUAGCAAUGCCCCCACCCCCUUAAAGAGUGUUUAAACAUCCAUCCAGAUACCAAUAGCCCAGGAAGCCUUUGCAGGAGCCACAGGUUUUCUUGACCACUGAUUGUCAGUACGCCUUUCAACCGAUGUCAGCGACUUGGCUCAAUAAGUGGUUCUGGCCCAACUGGACUGGAGCACUUUCAGAGACCUUCCAAUCCUGGAAAACAGGUCCCAGCGGUGCAUUGUGACUCAUGCAGAGUAUAAAUAACGCGGAAGCUAGCUGUGAAGCAUAACUCCUUUUAUUUCUAAUAAAGGUAAAGGUAAAGGGACCCCUGACCAUUAGGUCCAGUCGUGGCUGACUCUGGGGUUGCGGCGCUCAUCUCACUUUAUUGGCUGAGGGAGCUGGCGUACAGCUUCCGGGUCAUGUGGCCAGCAUGACUAAGCCACUUCUGGCGAACCAGAGCAGUGCACGGAAACGCUGUUUACCUUCCUGCCGGAGGGGUACCUAUUUAUCUACUUGCACUUUGACGUGCUUUUGAACUGCUAGGUUGGCAGGAGCUGGGACCGAGCAACGGGAGCUCACCCCGUUGAGGGGAUUUGAACCGCCAACCUUCUGAUCGGCAAGUCCUAGGCUCUGUGGUUUAACCCACACGCCACCCGUGUCCCUUUAUUUCUAAUAGCUACUACAAACUAACGAACUACUGACUUGCAUGAGUGUUACAGCUCCCACUCAGCCAUCUGGUCACUACGUAGAUAAGACUCUCUCCACACACAGAGUCAGGCAGUCAGUCAGGAGCGGAAGAGGAGAAGAGCAGUUUCCGCCCCCUCCUUUCUCAAAACAUCAGAUCAGGAGAGUCUGUCAGUGGGAGGGGUGAAAAUAUCAACACUGAUAUGGCUCAACAUGGUCCCAUUUUGGGCCAGCUGCAGCUUAGACCCCGUCCUUGCUUUCAACCUGAGCGGUGUCAUGAGUGGAGAGUCCGCCUCACCCUUCGGUAACUUCACAGAUAAGAAUUAAUGAGCGCUUUAUAUUUUAUAGUCCUUUUUAUUCAGGCAUCAGGUUGUAAGCAAAAACCCACAUCCCUCCCCAAGAAGGGCAGUUGGCUACUCUAAAUCUUCUCCCUUCUGUCUCCCGAAAUAGGCUCCAACGGGAAGUUCCUCAUCCUCCUCUCUGCAUCCUUUGUUCUCAAAUACGUUUGGAUCUCCUAGUUCGUGGGGAGGGAGGGUUCCCCACAAUCUCUAAUGACGUCUCUGCUAUCUGUCCCCUCCCUUCUGUUUCUCUGGCUGUUAUCUCGUAGCUAGGUAACUCCUGCCAAAGCUGCUCUGUAUUUCUCCCAGUGAGAGCCAGUGUGGUGUAGUGGUUAAGAGCGGUAGUCUCGUAAUCUGGUGAACCAGGUUCGUGUCUCCGCUCCUCCACCUGCAGCUGCUGGGUGACCUUGGGCUAGUCACACUUCUCUGAAGUCUCUCAGCCCCACUCACCUCACAGAGUGUUUGUUGUGGGGGAGGAAGGGAAAGGAGAAUGUCAGCUGCUUUGAGACUCCUUAGGGUAGUGAUAAAGUGGGAUAUCAAAUCCUUCUUCUUCUUCUUCUUCUUCUCCCUGCUUCUGAGCCCCCUGGAAACAAGGGGGGGCACGCGAAUCUUCCCACUCCAGCUCCUCUUCUGAGGAAAGCGGAUCUGCCUGCGAAUGCACCCCCCCAUACUCUGCUUCAGACCAUUCCCUGACAAGCGCCUUCUUCCGUGACCCCCUCUUCUCUUGUGGCUCCCAGGACCCCAAGAGGAACCGCUUGCUGCAGUGGACCAACGUGGAGCAGACAAUGGGCCUCGUCCAGCUCUCUUUCCCCCUUUCCUCUGAGCCCCCGCAAGGCACCUACAAAGUGGUGGUGCAGAAAGCCUCUGGGAACAAGGUGGAACGUCUCUUUGAGGUGAAGGAGUACGGUGAGGAAGGAAGGAGAGGAACCGCUUGGUCUGGGGAACGUGGUGUCAAGGACAGCAUGUGGAAGGGGGUAUUUUCUUGCACACUGGCAGCGCCGCUCAGGAAUUCUGAUAGAAACUGACAGAUCAGUGCAGUUUCGAAACCAGCGGACGAAAUCUUUCGAAAGAUUUGGCCUGCCAUCUUUAUUUAAAAUUGGGCCCAGUUGGAUUGAAACAUAGACAGAAGCCUGCAAAAGGAUUGUGCAAAAUUGGGUUCUUAGAUAACUCGAGAGGCGUGCAAAUGCAUAGUGAAUAGCUUCCCAAAAUAUCUGGCCCGAUGGCCAGGUUCAGCAAACUGGUCCUGCUACUGGAAGCAAGUGCAUCAGGGCUUUCCUCCGCCUUGCCCCCCCAUGCCCCACAAACAGUGACAUAGCAUGAGUUGCCAGUGCCCGGGGCCGCACAGAGGGAAAUGGAAGGAGUAUGCAUGCACAUUCAACUGCCUAACAGCCAGGAGAUCGCAGCCACAAAAACAUGAAGAGUUGUUCCGUUGUCUGGAGAGGUCACUUCCUGGUUCGCAUGGGUGGCUGGGUAUGGGAGAGUUGCCUGUGUGAGUAGGGCGGAUCCUGGAGGCUGGAGACAGGAACAGCUCUUGCUCUGUGCUGGAUCCAAAACUUAGUUCGGGGCAUAUGCGCCAGCUCCUAGGGACUGAGGCACUUUCGUCCCCCCCUCAAAAAAUGUGUGGGGUUUUUUGAGGGGGGCAAACUCCCUCAGUGUUCAGAGGGUGUUUGGCUCUGCCCCUGGCUCCUUGUGAGAUCGCCCGCUUGAUGUCAGAAUGUCGCGUCGGGCCCCCCUGUCUUGAGAAGAUGGCACCUCUGGUUUGGGGGCUUCCCUGGAAACCUAAUGGGGAAAAAAAAUCUGUGGGGUGUUAAUGCUGCACGCAUUUGCCUCCUUUCUGUGCUCAGGCUGAUUAUGUUGUUUUUCAUCCCCGUGUUCCUUUCCUUCUUACAGUGCUGCCCAAGUUCGAAGUUUUGGUGAAGGCACCCAAGGAGAUAACAUUUGUGGCUGAGGAACUCGAAGUGACCGUCUGUGGCCUGUAAGUGAGAGCAGCCUGAGCUUCUCUCCCAGAGAUGUGGGACCACGUGAAUUGAGAACUUGGGUGAUGUUGCUAGCACCAGCUAACCUCUCCUCCAAUCCCCUUCACCAGCCUUGGCCGCACCACCCUAGCUCCGAUGGAAUGAUUGCCAUGUUGUUGUUGUUGUUGUUGUUUAGUUGUUUAGUUGUUUAGUCAUGUCCGACUCUUCUUGACCCCAUGGACCAGAGCACGCCAGGCACUCCUGUCUUCCACUGCCUCCCGCAGUUUGGUCAGACUCAUGUUUGUAGCUUCGAGGACACUGUCCAACCAUCUCGCCCUCCGUCGUCCCCUUCUCCUUGUGCCCUCAGUCUUUCUCAACACCAGGGUCUUUUCCAGGGAGUCUUCUCUUCUCAUGAGGUGGCCAAAGUAUUGGAGCCUUAGCUUCACGAUCUGUCCUUCCAGUGAGCACUCAGGGCUGAUUUCCUUAAGAAUUGGAUAGGUUUGAUCUUCUUGCAGUCCAUGGGACUCUCAAGAGUCUCCUCCAGCACCAUAAUUCAAAAGCAUCAAUUCUUCGGUGAUCAGCCUUCUUUAUGGUCCAGCUCUCACUUCCAUACAUCACUACUGGGGAAACCAUGGCUUUAACUAUACGGGCCUUUGUUGGCAAGGUGAUGUCUCUGCUUUUUAAGACGCUGUCUAGGUUUGCCAUCGCCUUUCUCCCAAGGAGCAGUCGUCUUUUAAUUUCAUGACUGCUGUCACCAUCUGCAGUGAUCAUGGAGCCCGAGAAAGUAAAAUCUCUCACUGCCUCCAUUUCUUCCCCUUCUAUUUGCCAGGAGGUGAUGGGCCCAGUGGCCAUGAUCUUCGUUUUUUUGGUUGCCAUAGUUGCACUGAAUUCCUCACAAUGCUGGGCCACUUAUGCCGGGCUUAUUUCACCCAGAACUCCCUUGAACUCCAUUCCAGAACCUCUCACCAUUGCCACCAUAAGAGAACCUUGGUUUCCAGACAUUUUGGAAGUCAAAUGGACUUCCAGAACAGAUUCCGUUUGACUUCCAAGGUACCACUGUAUAUUGAUGUCAUCUUUCAAGUGAUGCUGUGGCUGUUUCCUGACUACAGGUACACGUACGGGAAGCCUGUCGCUGGGCAGGUGAAGGCCCGUGUUUGCCGGAAAUAUAAUGAACACAGAGGCUGGCGUGUUUAUUCCAGUUCCGGAGGGGGCUGUCACAGAGAAGCGUCGGAAGGAAUAUGUGAAGAAUUCAGUGGAGAGGUGAGACCGAAAGCGGACGCUGAAAAUGAAGUUUAAAAUACUUUUGGGGAGUUGGCCUUCCCGGGUGACCUGUUAUAAUUGGGCAUUCAUCCUGAUUUACUCAAGGGGAGUCCCAAGGCUCUGGGAGAAACCCCGGAAUGGCAUUCAGCAGGAGAAGAGGGAAACGCCAUCCCCUCAGACAAGCCAAAAUGAUUGAAAUGGUGGAUAUGGCUGCAGGAAUAUAUAUUUGCUCAUUUUGUUGGUGCCUGUUGUCCCUCUCUGAAGUCUCUUCAAAAACCUGAAGAACAUUUGAUCCCUUUGUCCAGAAAGUAUCUGGGGGGCCUACAUGCCCAUCUGAGGGGGGGGGGGGAUUUUAAAAAAAUUAAAGCAAAUGUCCUAGUUUUGUGGGGUUUUUUGUUUUUGUUUUUUAAUUCAUGCACCGGCAUCUCUGGCUCUGGCUUUCAAUCUGCUGUGGGCUGCUUGGUGAUAGCGGAUCACUGGGGGGAGAGCGAGUGAUUGUCAACUUUUUUGGCGAUUGCCCAAGGAAAGCUCAACAAAUGUCCGGAUUUUUCCUCUUGAAAUAUUACCAGCCUUGUAUAAACGGACAGAUAUAAAUGAAUGAGUGUGCGUAGAUCAAUGGCUAUUGUGUGAACCUGACUGGCUUGACCUCAAACACCUUGUUUUAUAUAAUGAAGCAAUUCUCAUUGGUAGCUGCUGCAACUCUCUGUCUUCCGGUUCAGGCAAAUGGGCACGGCUGCCUCUCUCAGGUGGUGAAAACCAAUAUUUUUCAUCUGAAGCGGGAGGGAUAUGAGAUGAACCUAAAGGUGGAAGGCAAGAUCACAGAGGAAGGCACAGGUAUUUCAUUUUAUUUAUUAAAUUUAUCUCCCGCCAGUCUUCCAAAGGAGCCCAGCAUGUUAGUUUUAAAACCAUUCAGCUAUAACAUGUAAGAAAAACCUGGAAAUGUUUCAAAACUCCUAAAAGCAAUCACCCUGUUAUGUACUGAGUUGAAUAGGAUCCAAAAGGCAGCAGUUUGAUUGGCCCUAGAACAAUAGGAUUCACAAUGCAGCAGUCUGAUUGGUCCUAGAACAAUAGGGUCCAGAAUGCAGCAGUCUGAUUGGUCCACAGGAGCCAUCCAAUCCAUCUCCAGGUGGAAGUGAAUCCGCAACCUGAUUGGCCUACAGGUGAAUCCCGGAAUUAGCCAAUCACGUGGGGCCCAUUGUGUAAACAAUGUAUAUAAAGCAGACAUUCUGGGGGAACUCCCAUUCCUCCUCACCACUAUGAGCUGAAUAAAGAGCAUGAAAUCCAGUCUUGAUUCCCAGUAUAUUUCACACCCGCUCUGAAAACCUAACAAUUUCAGGGGCAGGUCUUUAAGCCAUCAAAUGCUUAGGAAAAACAGGGUUGGUUUGGCAAUGUCUCUAAUAAGUAGUGCUUUUUUCUGGGGGGAUGCAGGGGGACGCAUACCCCUAAACAUUUUGUGUUGCCCUGACCGACCGAUGGACCAACCGACAUGCCAGCUGUCUUAGCAGUAGUAGCUCGGACUGGAGCUCUGUCAUUCUCCCUGCUGGUGCCCAGGCAGGGGAGUCUGGGGCGGCUGUGGUGUGUUGUGUUCUGAAGGCAAAGGAAGAACUGGACCCUGAUUAAUUCAAUAGAUCCUAGACUUGAACAGCAAGACUCUGGGAGCAAGUGCGAUAGCCACUCCCUGGCCCAGGCCGUUUUUAUUAACAAAAGAACUUUAACACAGCGUUUGUAAGAACCAAUCAGCUUUCCUCUGAGCAUUUCAAAAAAUCCCCACGUGGGAACAAAGUCAGAUCAGAGGAAGCUGAAAAGGAAAACAGGAAGACACAAUGAGAGGUAAAGGAGGUGCUGUGGGAUUGGUGGAAGUCAGUGUUUGUUUUUCUUUUUAGUGUUUAUAUUAUUAACUUGUAAGAUAUGGAAUUUUUUUUUUGAUUGUCAGUUUUUGUGUUUUGUGUAUUGUUAUUUUUUGAUACUGUUUUGUGUUGUUGUGUGGAAAAUACUAAUAACAUUUAUAAUAACAAUAAGAAAAUAAAAAUACUAAAUCAUAAAAAAACAGAUCAGAGGAAGCUUCUUAACUACAGAGAACUACUUGAGCAUGCAUACAUGUUUAGGCUAAAUAAAACAGGAACCAAGGAGGAAUGCAUUUAGCAAAACCCAGAGGUCAUAAACAGGCAGAAAACAGGAAAGACAGGCAUUUUUAUCACCUGCAUGUGAACUCUGUUUCCUGGCCCUAAGAUUAACGAAAGCUACAUCAGAGCUGGUGACAGCAGCCACGAAAUUAAAAGACGCUUGCUUCUUGGGAGAAAAGCAAUGACAACCCUAGACAGCAUCUUAAAAAGUAGAGACAUCACGUUGCCAACAAAGGUCCGUAUAGUAAAAGCUAUGGUUUUCCCAGUAGUGAUGGACCAUAAAGAAGGCUGAUUGCCAAAGAAUUAAUGCUUUUGAAUUAUGGUGCUGGAGGAGACUCUUGAGAGUCCCAUGGUCUGCAAGAAGAUCAAACCUAUCCAUUCUGAAGGAAAUCAGCCCUGAGUGCUCACUGGAAGGACAGAUCCUGAAGCAGAGGCUCCAAUACUUUGGCCACCUCAUGAGAAGAGAAAACUCCCUGGAAAAGACCCUGAUGUUGGGAAAGAUAGAGGAAACAAGGAGAAGGGGACGACAGAGGACGAGAUGGUUGGAUAGUGUUCUCGAAGCUACCAGCAUGAGUUUGACCAAACUGCGGGAGGCAGUGGAAGACAGGAGUGCCUGGCGUGCUCUGGUCCAGGGGGUCACGAAGAGUCGGACACGACUAAACGACUAAACAACAACAAACAUCAAAGCUACCUCCUAUCUUUAUGUACUCAGGAUGCCUGGUGAAGCAACCAGUCUGUGUACGUGACUGUCAGGCAUAGAGAAAAUGGGGCAGAGAUGUAGAGGCUUGGAUUGAUCAGAAAUCAUGUCAAAUGACUCAAACCCAGUCAAAACAAUAGCUGACACAAUGGCUUACUUCAUUUUUGCAUAAUUCCUCAUAGCAACCCCACGUGACCACCACAGCGGUGGAGGCGACGCUACUGCUCCUCCUCCUCUUGCCGGGCUAGCGCCAGCCGGCGAAUGCUUGCCCCUCCUUGCUCAAGCAACCCUGCCAUUGCUGGGGGCCUUCCUGUCCUCUCAGCGCCACCGCUGCCGCCUCGAGUCCCUCGUCCAGGGGUUGGGGGCAGGAAGGGGGCGAGGGGGAGCAGCCAAAAUGAAAGUACCCCUAAACAUUUUUUUAAAGAAAAAAAGCAUUGACUAUAAGUUACUAAUGAAGGAGACUGAUACACCUCCCUAGGAAGGCACACAGAAUGGCAUGUAGUCAAAAUCCCAACAGGUAAUGCAAACCAUGAAGUGUCACAGCCUAGAAGGGUGAAAGUGCAAAGAUACAGCGCAUCUCCAAAAAGGACAAAAAAGUUUUAUCUCCUAUACGGAUACCCUUUACAAUAAUAAAGAUUUAUAAAAAUAAAAGUAUUCUCCACCUGUGAGUUCCAUCUUUAUUGAGAAUAAAGGUUCCAUAUAGACCAGGCAUUUGCAUAUGCAAACGGCAAUGACCAUGUGCCUCAAUAUUUGUAUAAGAAUAUUUGCAUAAGAAAAUCAUGCCACACGUUGAAAAGAAAUUCGGAAAGAAAUUAUUCAUUCAAGCUCUGCACUUUGGGUACUUUUUCAAGACGGGCAAUUUGUGAAACCCUUAAAUACCAGAAAUCCCAAAUAUUAAGAUUAAGGAUAUUCUAGGAUUUGGCAACACAGCCCUGAGCUGCUCUUAAGAGAUGAGAAAUAAGUUAUUUACUUUUCAAAUCCCAUUCUGUUUCCAUAUAGGUUCAAAAUUGCCAGGUGGAAAGAUAGAGUAGCUGUUUGUUUGUUUGUUUGUUUACCAAAGAGAUCUCAGCAAAUGCCUUAUUCCACAAUUCAGCCACCUCUGAGCAGUCCCACCAUGUGUGCUUAUAUGUACCUACCUCUUUUUGGCUAUUUGGCAGGGGUGGAAUUGACAGGCACGGCUUCCACCAUGAUCAUUACGACUCUCAGCACAAUCACCUUUGAGAAUGUGGACUCUUACUACAAGUCUGGGAUCCCCUUUACUGGGCAGGUAAGGCAGGCUGAGAGAUCCCCACUGCGCACGACACCACAGCUGAAUGUUUGUUUUAAAGACAAAUGUUCCUCGUAUGCACUGGAACAGGAGGAUGGGCCAGGGUGGUUAGCAAUUCAGCCCCCACCCCUCAUCUCCCAUCCUGACCUCUGAGGUGCCACCUCUGGAAUCCUGAUGCAAUUUGUGUGUCCUCAACCUUCAUCUCCAUCCUCACCCACCUGAACUUAUAGCACUCCCCCUACAGACAGCCAUCUCCCUCAGAGGCGGAGCAAGGUGGGUGUGGCCCCCCGGGUGUCAUUCCCGAGGGGGAGUGUGACAUCACUGUGCCACCCCCCUGGGAUGCUCAGCGCAGGCGGCACACCCCUGGGACACGCACUCCCCGGGACGUUCACCUCACCCCCGUGGGCGGCUAGCCCCGCCCCCAGGUGCACACCACUCCGGGCGCCGGAACAGCUAGCUCCACCACUCAUCUCCCUCCCAAUUCAUAUGGGCUACUGCUAAAAUGAGGCUGCAUUUUAAGCUCUAUUUUAAGCCGUAUUUUAAUUAACUGUUUGUUGUUGUAUUUUUUUCUGUUACGUUUUAUUGUAAUUCAUACAGUGGUGCCUCGCAAGACGAAAUUAAUCCGUUCCGCGAGUCUCUUCGUCUUGCGGUUUUUUCGUCUUGCGAAGCACGGCUAUUAGCGGCUUAGCGGCUUUAAGAAAAAGGAAACAAACUCGCAAGAACUCGCAAGACGUUUCGUCUUGCGAAGCAAGCCCAUAGGGAAAUUUGUCUUGCGGAACGACUCAAAAAACGCAAAACUCUUUCGUCUAGUGAGUUUUUCGUCUUGCGAGGCAUUCGUCUUGCGGGGCACCACUGUAUUUGGUGUUAGCCGCUCUGAGCCCGGCCCUGGCCAGGGAGGGCGGGGUAUAAAUAAAAUUUUAUACAGUCAUACCUCUUCUUGGGACGCGGAUGGCACUGUGGGUUAAACCACAGAGCCUAGGACUUGCCAAUCAGAAGGUUGGCGGUUCAAAUCCCCGUGACGGGGUGAGCUCCCGUUGCUCGGUCCCUGCUCCUGCCCACCUAGCAGUUCGAAAGCACAUCAAAGUGCAAGUAGAUAAAUAGGUUCCGCUCCAGCAGGAAGGUAAACGGCAUUUCCGUGUGCUGCUCUGGUUCGCCAGAAGCGGCUUAGUCAUGCUGGCCACAUGACACAGAAGCUGUACACUGGCUCCCUCGGCCAAUAAAGCAAGACGAACGUUGCAAUCCCAGAGUCGGUCACGAAUGGACCUAAUGGUCAGGGGUCCCUUUACCUUUACAUUACGUCUUCUUACAUUCGGUUCAGGUUAUGUCAGUUCAGGUUAUGUCUUUUCAGGUUAUGUCCCACGGCGACCCGGAAGUACCGCAAAGGGUUACUUCUGGGUUUCGCCGCUCGCACAUGCGCAGACGCGCAAAAUAACAUCACAUGCAUGCGUAGAAGUGGUGAAUCGCGACCCAUGCAUGCGCAGACGCAGGUUGCGUUCUGCUCAUGUUGCGACCAGAGGUACCACUGUAAUCAUCAUCAUCAUCAUCAGACCAAACUGCUAUAUGUAUUGUUUUUGCCCUGCUAGGUGAAGCUUUUGGAUGCUGCCAAAGUGCCAAUUGCCAAUGAAACAAUUCAGAUUAGGGUACAUCUAACUGGAACCAGCACCAACUAUGUAACUGAUGAUCAGGGACGAGCCCAUUUUUCCAUAGACACUGAUAACUUCACAGCUCCUGAACUCAGGAUCCAGGUGAGUGUUCAAGGGGAUUGAGAACUAAAUAAGGCAGAUUUAUUCUUCGCAAGCACAAAACACGGGAAUCUCAUAGAAUCGUAAGAGUCUUAAAGUUGGAAGGGACCCAGGGGUCAUCUAGUCCAACCCCCUGCAGUUCAGGAAUCUCAGCUAAAGCAUCCAUGACAGGUGGCCACCCAACCUCUCCAAUAUCAAUUGGAUCAGUUGAAAUUUAAAAAAAUGCUUUGAGAUUCAGUUUCCUGUGGCUCCUACUUUUUUCUUUUCUCUUUCUCCUUCAUCACCUUUUCUGGGUUUGUCAUUUCCCGUUAAUUUCAUUCUUGCUUUUUCCAUUUCUGAAUCCUGAAUACGCCUCCAGGAAAUGUAUUGGGACUAGAAAAAUACCCCCCGCCAAGGGCUGGGACUGUGUAUGUGAUAGCAGGAAUGGCUGUUGGGUUGAUACGUCUGACUCUUAUUUUCUCCUAAAGGUGUGUGUUGGUUUCUGGGCAUGCAAAUAGGUCUGAGAUGAGUCUCGAGCUGGUGUAAUAUCACAAAGUUGAUCUUAUAGUCCCCAAGGCACCAAUGAUUCCCUAAUACAGGAACAACAAGGAUUUAUUUUCUCCAGUCCCUGAGCACCUGCCAUUUUCCUCUUUCUUUCUGUUUGCCAGGCAACUUAUAAAUCGAACUCUGCGUGUGAACAAGGCUGGAUCAGUCCCCAACACCAGAGCGCAUCUCAUUCCGCGGGGCGUUUUUACUCACCAAGCCAAAGCUACCUCCACAUUGAGCGUGUUCCUGGGACCUUAAGCUGUGGUCAGACUCAGACGCUCCGAGUCCAUUAUAUUCUGAAUUCAGCUGUCGUAAAAGAGCAGGAGAUGGUCUUUUACUAUUUGGUAAGCCUGGACAGAGUGGCCUUUCCUUGGUAGGGACUUGGGAGUGGGCCUUCUCAGUGGCUGCUCCCAACGUUUGGAACCCUAUUUAGGGAAGUUUUUAAUGUUUGAUGUUUUAUCGUAUUUUUAAUAUUCUGUGGGAAGUCACCCAGAGUGGCUGGGGAAACCCAGCCAGUUGGGCAGGGUAUGAAUAUUAUUAUUAUUAUUAUUAUUAUUAUUAUUAUUACUCCCUUCAUAGAGACAUUAGACUGGCUCCCUUGUUGUCCGUCUGCCAGCUGUUUUAUUCUAACAGGCCUUUGUGAACUGACUGUUUCUUGUUUUUUUUAAGGAAAGGACUUUGAAUAGUGCUCAUUCAAAUCCAUUUUCAGCUGCCAAACUAUGUUUGAUUUCUAAUUGCAAAGAUAGGCUCAAGCGUAAUGGCAAUUCAUGUUGUACUACCAGGAGAGAGAUUGUUUCUGGAAGCCAGAACACUCCCUGUGUGUAAGAACUGCUGGCAUAUCAGUGUAACCAUAUAUUUUGCCUCCUCCAUCCUCAUCCAGCUUACAGGCAAAUGGGUGGCCACAGUGAGAGUAGGAUGUUGAACUAGAUGGACCAUUGGCCUGACCUAGCAGGCUGUUGUCUUCUUAUGCUUUUAUCAGGCGUUUUCCGCCUUCCAUGCAGGUGAUGGCUAAGGGGGUCAUUGUGCGAUCAGGGACCCACGUUCUGCCUGUGGAGCACAGAGAAGGUACCGGUAAGUGGCACUCCAUUCCCAUUUCCUCCCUUCAUUCUUGGUGACCUUUCCAAUUUUUUAUAAACCCAGGUGAUUACGUAAACCAGGGGUCAGCAAAACUUUUCAGCAGGGGGCCGGUCCACUGUCCCUCAGAUCUUGUGGGGGGCCGGACUAUAUUUUGGGAAAAAAUAAUGAACGAAUUCCUAUGCCCCACAAAUAACCCAGAGAUGCAAUUUAAAUAAAAGGACACAUUCUUUUUUUUUUAAAGAUAUUUAUUAAGAUUUAUUAAGAUUUUUUAAAAUAUUACAAUAAAAAUGAAAAAAAAAGACAAAAAUACAAAAUAAAAAUAGUUAAAAACACACAGAUUUUCUAUUACUUAUUUUCCUUUGACUUAUUUCCCGGACCUCCUCAUACCUCCCUUUUUUGUAUUCCACUUCAAUCUGUUGGUUCAGCAAAUCCUUUAAAAGUAAUAAUAUUAAAUUUUUACCUAUUUAUAACCCUUUUUCAUAUUCCCUUAAAGCAUUACAGCUGGAAACCACUUAAUUACUAUCCAACAUCAUUCUAACAUUCAUUAAUUUUACAAUAUUUCUGUAGAUAAUCUUUGAAUUUCUUCCAAUCUUCUUCCACCGACUCUUCUCCCUGGUCUCGGAUUCUGCCAGUCAUUUCUGCCAGUUCCAUAUAGUCCAUCAGCUUCAUCUGCCAUUCUUCCACAGUGGGUAAAUCUUGUGUCUUCCAAUACUUUGCAAUGAGUAUUCUUGCUGCUGUUGUGGCAUACAUAAAAAAAGUUCUGUCCUUCUUUGGCACCAAUUGGCCGACUAUGCCUAGGAGAAAGGCCUCUGGUUUCUUCAAGAAGGUAUGUUUAAAUACCUUUUUCAGUUCAUUAUAUAUCAUUUCCCAGAAGGCCUUAAUCCUUGGGCACAUCCACCAAAGGUGAAAGAAUGUACCUUCAGUUUCUUUACAUUUCCAACAUUUGUUAUCGGGCAAAUGGUAGAUUUUUGCAAGCUUGGCUGGGGUCAUGUACCACCUGUAUAUCAUUUUCAUAAUAUUCUCUCUUAGGACAUUACAUGCCGUAAACUUCAUACCUGUGGUCCAUAACUGUUCCCAGUCAGCAAACAUAAUAUUAUGUCCAACAUCUUGUGCCCAUUUAAUCAUAGCAGAUUUCACCGUUUCAUCCUGAGUAUUCCAUUUCAACAGCAAGUUAUACAUUCUUGACAAAUUCUUAGUUUUGGGUUCUAACAGUUCUGUUUCUAAUUUUGAUUUUUCCACCUGGAAGCCAAUUUUCUUGUCCAAAUUAUAUGCCUCCAUUAUCUGAUAAUAAUGAAGCCAGUCUCGCACUUUAUUUUUUAGUUUCUCAAAACUCUGCAGUUUCAGUCUAUCUCCCUCUUGUUCCAAAAUUUCCCAAUAUUUCGGCCAAUUGGCCUCCAUAUUGAGCCUUUUCAGAGCUUUCGCUUCCAUCAGUGACAGCCACCUUGGGGUUUUGUUUUCCAACAAAUCCUUGUAUCUUAUCCAAACAUUAAACAGUGCUUUCCUGACAAUAUGGUUUUUAAAUGCUUUAUGCGCUUUGACCUUGUCAUACCACAGAUAUGCAUGCCAUCCAAAUACAUUGUUAAAACCUUCUAAGUCCAAAAUGUCUGUGUUUUCAAGAAGUAGCCAUUCUUUCAACCAGCAAAAAGCUGCUGAUUCAUAGUAAAGUUUAAAGUCUGGCAGGGCAAAUCCACCCCUUUCCUUUGCAUCAGUUAAUAUCUUAAAUUUUAUUCUGGGCUUCUUGCCCUGCCAGACAAAUCUAGAAAUAUCUCUCUGCCACUUCUUGAAACAGUCCAUCUUGUCCACAAUUUGCAAUGUUUGAAACAAAAACAGCAUUCUAGGCAAUACAUUCAUUUUUAUCACAGCAAUACGACCCAACAGUGAAAGCUUCAAAUUUGACCAGAUUUCUAAAUCUUUUUUCACUUCCGUCCAACAUUUUUCAUAAUUAUCUUUAAAUAAGUUCCCAUUUUUGGCUGUCAUAUUAAUCCCCAGGUAUUUCACUUUCUUAACCACAGUCAGGCCUGUCUCAUUCUGAAACCUCUCUCUUUCAAUCAGUGUUAAAUUUUUCUCUAAAACCUUAGUUUUUAACUUGUUCAGUUUAAAUCCUGCCAGUUGACCAAAUUCUUGAAUUAGUUCUAAAACCCUUUUAGUACUAGAUUCUGGCUCCUGUAACGUCAAUACUAAGUCAUCUGCAAAUGCUCUCAGUUUGUACUGUUUGGCUCCGACCUGUAUACCUUUAACCAACCGGUCCCUUCUAAUCAUAUUCAGCAGAACCUCCAGGACCGAUAUAAAAAGCAGUGGGGAGAUUGGGCACCCCUGUCGUGUCCCUUUUUCUAUCUUAAAUUCUUCCGUCACCACAUUAUUUACAAUUAAUUUAGCCUUUUGUUCAGAGUAUAUUGCACCUAUACCAUUUUCAGAACCUUGGCCUACCCCCACCCCCUGUAGGUUCUUCUUCAUGAAGCUCCAAGAGAUGUUGUCAAAGGCUUUCUCCGUGUCCACAAAUAUCAGAACUGCUUUAGUAUUUAUAUUCACUUCUAGUUUUUCCAAAAUAUCAAUUAUAUUUCUCAAAUUAUCAGACAAGUGUCUUCCUGGGAGAAAGCCCGCUUGGUCUUUAUGGAUCUCUUCCAUCAAUACUUUUUCAAUCUCUUGGCCAAAAUGUCUGCAAAAAUUUUGUAAUCCACAUUAAGUAACGAUAUAGGGCGGUAGUUCUUAAGCUGAGUCUUUUCAGUCUCUGUUUUCGGUAUAAGUGUAAUGUACGCCUCUUUCCACGACUCUGGUGCCCUUUUCCCUUCCAAUAUUUCAUUACAGACUUCCUUCAAAGGUUGUAAUAGCCACUCUUUCAAAGAUCUAUAAUAUCUAGAAGUCAGCCCAUCCGGUCCUGGAGAUUUGCCCAAUUGCAUAUUUUGAAUGGCACCUUCUACUUCCUGUUCAGAUAUUUUAUAGUUCAACAUUAAUUUGCUUUCUUGGGAGAUUUUUGUAGUCCAUUUGUCUUCAAAAAUUUGUCUAUGUCCAUUUCUUUCUGUGGCCCUUGUGUGUAUAAUUGUUUAAAAUACCUCUGGAAACAGUUUCUAAUCUCAAUUGGGUUAUGUAUAUUCUUUCCUUCCACUUCUAAGUUUGUGAUAGUAUUUAAUUUUUGUCUUUUUUCAUUUGCCAGGCCAGCAAUUUCCCACAUUUAUUAGCUGAUUCAAAUGUUUUUUGACUCAUUUGUUUAAUUUUCCAUUCUAUUUCCUGAUUCAUCAUUUCCAUAUAUUGUACUUGAUAUAAUUUUAUUUCUCUCAAAAUCUCCUGUGACUUUGGUUUUGCUCUCAGUUUCUUCUCACUUUCUUUUAUUUUCUCCAAAAUUUUAUCUUUCUUCUCAUUUUGACUUCUCUUCUUUAUUGCAUUCUGUUGUAUCAGAAACCCUCUCAUAACAGCUUUACUUGCAUCCCAGAUUACUCUUUUUUCUACAUUGGUGUUCAUAUUUAUUUCAAAAUAAUCUCUCAAAGUUUUUUGGGCCUUUUUAUAGACUUCUUCAUCUCUAAAUAAGGUGUCAUUCAUCCUCCAUCUGAAGGAGCCAGUUGAUAUUUGUUUCAUCUCCAUCCUUACAGCGUUAUGGUCGGAGCAGGUUUUUGGGCAGAUUUCCACUUUCUUUAUCUUUGGUGCCAUUCCUCUAGUUACCCAUAUUUGAUCAAUUCUAGUCCAUGUCAUCUUGGCUUCAGAAAAGAAAGUUCCCUCUCUUCCCAGGGGGUUCUUUACUCUCCAAAUGUCCACUAAGUCCAUAUUGUCUGUCAUCUCAAAAAAAUGUUUUCGGUAGUCUACCAUCCUUGGUAACUACCUGUCUUUGUGCCUUGUCCAUGUUUGUAGAUACUACUCCAUUCAUAUCCCCCAUCAGAAUCAGAUUGUAAUCCAAAUAGUCCAAUAAAGUCUCAUGCAACUUUUUAAAGAAUUCAGAUUUCCCUCAUUCGGUGCAUAAAUUCCUACGAUCAAAAAUUUCUCUCCUUGAACUUGAAUUUCAAUUGCCAAAAAUCUGCCUUGUUCAUCUUUAAAAAUUAAUUUCGGUGAUAGUCUCUCCUUUGCAUAUAUCACAACUCCUCUUUUUUUAACUUUGUCAGAUGAGAUAAACUCCUGUCCCAAUCUUUUAUAAAGGACACAUUCUACUCAUGUAAAAGCACGCUGAUUCCUGGACCAUCCACGGGCGUGACUGGGCCGGAUCCGGCCCCUGGGCCUUAGUUUGCCUACCCAUGAUGUAAACCCACACCUUAGUACAGUGCCACCACAUAUGCUUCCAUGUGCCCUUGCGGUUCUUGCAUGACAUGUUUCAGAGUUUCCUCAAUUUUAUACUCAUAGACAAUAUAAUUUUACACUCAUGAAUUGUAAUCGUUCUCUUCCUCCCUCUCUUCCUCCUUGGGAAUUUUGUGUCAGUGCGCUAUGCCAAUCAUUUGGGGUUCCCUUUUCAGUCAGCAAUGUCACUCAGAAAGUCUCCCAGAAUAUACUUCCUCAGUUCAGCUCACCUGUGGGAAUAAACACAUUCCAGUUCUGCUUUAAGUAUUGAUGGAAGAAUUAACAUUACAACGUAUACAACUGCUGGCCUAAGGAAAAUAAAGUAAAACUACGUACAGUGGUACCUCGGGUUACAUACGCUUCAGGUUACAUAUGCUUCAGGUUAUAGACUCCGCUAACCCAGAAAUAGUGCUUCAGGUUAAGAAUUUUGCUUCAGGAUGAGAACAGAAAUCGUGCUCUGGCAGCGCGGCAGCAGCAGGAGGCCCCAUUAGCUAAAGUGGUCUUCAGGUUAAGAACAGUUUCAGGUUAAGAACGGACCUCCGGAAUGAAUUAAGUACUUAACCUGAGGUACCAUUGUACAGAGAAUCAUUCCUCCUCCCUGCUCUGCAGCCAUCUGAACAGAGUAGCAACCAAACCUCCUCCUUCAGAGCCUGUCUAAUAAAGAAGUCUGUUGCUAAGGAAACUUUGUUGCUGGGGAAGACCUGUUGCUAGCAGAAAGCUUGUUGCUAGGGGCAGAUUUGUUGUUAGGGGCAAAACUAUGCAAGGUUCAUUUCAAGUCUAUUUUUAGACUUACACUAACAUUUCGUUAUCUACCAGCCAAAGGGGUGUUUUCUCUGGACCUCUCUGUUGACAUGGACACUGCUCCAUUGGCCCGUUUGCUUCUCUACACGAUUUUGCCCAGUAGAGAACUAGUGGCCCAUUCAGCAGAUUUCACCGUGGAGAACUGCUUCACAAACAAGGUAAGGUUGUGGGGACUCUCUGAGGCCCAGGGCAGACAUGGCCACGAGGCUCUCUGUUCCCUCUCUGGCAUAAACCUUUGCCAAAGUUCUCACUUGGUAAUCCAUAGAGCACCAUUUUUUCCAGCUGGACCAGCAGAAUAUUAACUUGUUGGCAGCUGAGGAGGGCAACCCAAGCUGAGAAAACAAAUCCCAGAAGGGAUUAUCUCUGUGCUGUCAUGUAAUAGAAUGAACUCUUCAAAUGCCCUUUCUAUAAUAAUUUUUAUUAAUUUUUCAAUUACAACCCAAUAAUAGCCUCAUUAUAACAAUACCAAAUUGCAAUACAAUUUCUAAAAGCAAUAAUAAUAAUAAGAAGAAGAAGAAGAAGAAGAAGUUUAUUAUUUGUACCCUGCCCAUGUGGCUGGGUUUCCCCAGCCAAUCAUUCAUAUACCAAAUUAUAUAAUUUAGGUGGCCCCCUGGAUGCAAGAUUUGAUGGUUUGAUGAUUUUCUUUACUUCUGCGUUCCAAAAUCUUAUUAAUUUCAAUUACAUUCUGGUCAAAAUAAUAAUCCCUUAUCCAUCAACUGCAAUAUUAAUAACUUCCGUUUGUGGUGACACAUUAAAUGAUUUAUAAAUCUACAAGUGAGGCACCCCAACUAUAUCCUUUUUCUUCCUGUGUGUGACAAUUAUUUUGUGGUGUUUCUUCCUGUCCUUGUAAAAUGUUAUGUCUGCCUUUUCCCAGUUGUUGCUGUUCUCCACCAUGCCUUGGUUGAUACCCCCUUGUUGUUUCAGAAAUUAUCCAUUGCUCCGUCCUGUGCUUUGUUGUUUUGCAACUUUAACAACAGCUUCAAAAAUCACUCCGUCCCAAUAAAUAACCUGUUUUCACAAUUUUUUCAAAUGCCCUUUAUGCCUCCAGGUGAAUCUGUGGUUCUCUGAUGCUGAAGGCCUCCCUACCAGCAAAACUCAUCUCCAUCUUGCUGCCUCCAAAGGCUCCCUUUGUGCUGUCCAUGCUGUCGAUAAGAGUGUCUUUCUCUUGAAGCCCGAAGCUGAGAUGUCCCCUAAGACUGUGAGUCAAAUCUGCUUUUGAAGCUGUCUUCAAGUGUAACAUUCCUAGAGCCACUUUUGCGCUUCCGUGCCAUGGGGUGUGCUGAUGUCAUGUACAUGAGCCGUGUGGCAUGUAUGUCCAGUGUGCUGACUGUUGGGAUGCAUCCAAGGGAACGGGGGCAAUUGGCAGGCCCCCAGCUGGCUCCAGCCCACUGGCCGGCAGCCGGGCGAUCUCCGGUCCUUGGUGCAGCAUGAAUCUGCGACCCAGAGCUUCAGAAGCUUCAGAAGCUGGGCACGCAACUCAGCAGAGAUAAGAACUCUUCGCAACAGAAGGGCAGAUUAGAGGCUGUGUAAAACAUAUUUACAGGCAUUUUAUUCAGCAUCAGGACAAAAGGAAAAACAUGUCUGCUCCCCUUCGUGUCCAAGCAAACAGCAUAAGCAAAAGCUAUACACAAACGGAAGUUCCCAGCAAGCUGUGCUGGAAAGUAAACAGACAUGUGACACACAACAGCCUGUUCCUCUUAAGGUGGAACGGACUAUCUUAACACUGACGUUGUAUGGCCCUGGCUCCCUCAAUCGCAGGGGCAAGGCCAUAUAUCUCCAAAACACUUCCUUUCUCAAGGAAGUCAGACUCUGGAUAACCACUAGAACCUCUGGGGUCUCUCGUUUUUCAGAGACUGGGGUGCAUACAACAAUUUUAAAAAACUAAUUUUCAUUCCAGUUAUAUGCCGGACUGAUAAAUUGAGGACCGGGGAUGCAUAGAACAUCUGUAUCCACUUUUGAAACGGUUUGGCAAAGUGUUGAAUGGACCCAUUCCUUUCUGUCCAAACUGUGUCUCGUGAGGCACAGUUGAGUAUGUUUAGCCUGGGGAAAGAGAAGGCUGAGAGGUGAUCUGAUGGCUACCUUCAAGGCUGAAGACAGGGCAAGCUUGUUUUCUGCUGUGCCAGAGGGUGGGACCCGAGUCAGUGGCUUCAAAUUACAAGGAAAGAGAUUCCAACUAAAUAUUGGGAAUAACUUUCUGGUGGUCAGAGCUGUUCUGCAGUGGCCAUGCAGGGACAUUUUAGAGGAGAGGUGAUUUAGAGGAGAUAUGGAAGGCGUUUGUAGAAUUUGUACUGUUAAAACGGAAAGGGGUCAAACCAUCGCAAGAGGUGUUGAAAUUGUGGGUGGCUGGAUAGUAACAAUGGAAUGGUCUCCGUGGCGAGGUGCACAUUUUUAUUCUUACUUAUUUAUGAUUAUUACUUUGUAAAAAUAUAGAGAGAAAAAAAUAGCAGGGGCAUUUUAGGACAUGCUUAAUUGUGGCUACUUUUGUGGUCAGGUUUAUGAUCUGCUUCCUGUGAAGGACCUCCGAGGUUACGUCUACAGGCACCACUACCUGCUUGACCCGUACCCUGAUCGCUGCACGGUUAGGAAAAAUAUUGUUGUGGAAGGCAUCAGCUACAGAUAUGAAUCUUUUCAGCGGAGUGAAGGUGAUGCCUAUGACAUUCUCAAGGUGAGUGCCAAAGGACCCGCUGCAUUGGCAUGAGACCCUUAAUCUCAGGGUCAUGGGUAUGAGCCCCAUGUGGGCGAGAGAGUCCUUCAUUGCAGGAGUUUGGGCUAGGUGAUCCUUGUGGUCCACUCCAACUCUGCAAUUCUAUGAUUCUGUGAUUUGUCGGGGAGUGAAAUGUCUGCCAGGAAGAGGAGGGCACAUUGUAGGGACCCACCGCGUGACAGUGGCAGCUCAGCCACCCAAAAUCUAGGGCUGUAAGGAAGCACGGUGUUGCAUUCCACCCCGCAUACGUCGCACGCAGCAAUGUUUCCAUUCCCCUGCAGUUCGUUUUCCACCAAAAGCUAUUGUCCUCUGCAGAGAGAUUAUGUAACCUUAAGAAGAGCCUGCUGUCCAGUGUUCUCACAUUGCUCAACCAAAUGCCUGUCGGAAGCCUGCAAACAGGAUCCGAGCGCAAGAGCCCUUUUCCCCCUCCUGUGGUUUUCAGCGACUGGUAUUCAGAAGCAUCACUGCCUCCAACUGGGGAGGCAAACCAUCACCAUCAUGGCUCGUAGCCACUGAUAGCCUUUCCACCUAAUUUGUCUGAUCCUCUGAGCCAUCCACAUUCGUGGCCAUCACUCCCUCCUGUGGAAGUGAGUUUCAAUGUUGAACUAGAUAAAAGGUAAAGGUAAAGGACCCCUGGAUGGUUAAGUCCAGUCAAAGGUGAUUAUGGGGUUGCGGCGCUCAUCUCGCUUUCAGGCCGAGGGAGACGGCGUUUGUCCACAGAAAGCUUUCCAGGUCAUGUGGCCAGCAGGACUAAACCACUUCUGGCACAAUGAGAUGGAGGCCAGAGCACAUGGAAAUGCCGUUUUCCUUCCCACCGGACUGGUACCUAUUUAUCUGCUUGCACUGGCAUGCUUUCGAACUGCUAGGUGGGCAGGAGCUGGGACACAGCAACGGGAGCUCACCCCGUCGCGGGGAUUCAAACCGCCGACCUUCUGAUCGGCAAGCCCAAGAGGCUCUGUGGUUUAGACCACAGCGCCACCUGCAUCCUUACAGUUGAACUAGGCACCAUGUGAAUAACUGCUUUUUGAAUCCGCCCUGAAUCUUUCAACAUUCAGUUUCACUGGAUGCCCAUAAGUUUUAAUGUCAUGAGAGGACUUUGUCCAGUUCUGGGCACCACAAUUUAAGAAGAUGUCAACAAGCUGGAACAUGUACAGAGGAGGGCAACCAAGAUGAUCAAGGGUCUAGAAACAGGUAGGUAGCCAUGUUGGUCUAAAGCAGUCUAUAUAUAUAUAUAUAUAUAUAUAUAUAUUAUAUCACAACAGGUUUACCAUACCCAUUGAGUCAGUCACCCAUCUCCUACUACCCUCCUGAGAAAACCCCCUCCCCACCCUCCAACUAUAUAUAAGGGUCUGGUGACUUCUGUUUCAGUGUAUCUGAAGAAGUGUGCAUGCACAUGAAAGCUUAUACCAAGAACAAACUUAGUUGGUCUCUAAGGUGCUACUGGACUAUUUUUUUAUUUUAUUUUUAAAAUAUAUUUCAAGGGUCUGGAAGCCAAGCCUUAUGAGGAACGGUUGAAGGAGCUGGGCCUGUUUAGCCUGGAAAAGAGGCUGAGGAGCCCUUCAAAUAUUUCAAGGGCUGUCACAUGAAAGAGGGAACAAGCUUGUUUUCUCCUGCUCUGGAGCGUAGGGACUGGAACAAUGGCUUCAAGUUACAAGAAAGGAGAUUCCGACUAAUCAUUAGGAAGAACUCUCUGACAGUAAGAGUUGUUUGGCAGUGGAACGGACUCCCAUGAGAGGUGGUGGACUCUUCUUCCUUGGAGGUUUUAAAGCAAAGUUUGGGUGGCCACCUGUCCUGGAUGCUUUAGCUGAGAUUCCUGUGUUGCAGGCGGCUGGAUGGCCACUGGAUUAUCCUUGGGUUCCCUUAGGUAAAGGUAAAGGGACCCCUGACCAUUAGGUCCAGUCAUGGACAACUGGGGUUGCAGUGCUCAUCUUUCUCUUUAGGCCAAGGGAGCUGGCGUUUGUCCGCAGACAGCUUCCAGGUCAUGUGGCCAGCAUGACUAAGCCGCUUCUGGCGAACCAGAGCAGCGCACGGAAACGCCGUUUACCUUCCUGCUGGAGCGGAACCUAUUCAUCUACUUGCACUUUGACGUGCUUUCGAACUGCUAGGCUGGCAGGAGCAGGGACCGAGCAACAGGAGCUCACCCUGUCGCAGGGAUUCAAACCGCACACCCUUACAAUUCUGCAAUUCUUUGAUUCUGUGAGAGAGGGAGAAAAAUGUUUCUCUAGCCCCCUGUAUCCUUCCAGACCACCCGGCAGUGGGCAGAGGAGGAUGUUCAGCUCCUGAAGGGUUAAUCCAGACUAGGUAGAGACUCUCCUGGUCAGGUAUUCGGGAACAGAGACACAUAUGCUGUUUGGGAAGGCAUAACGCUCUAGAGAAGGGUUCAUACUGGCUCGUUUUCUCAUUUUGCAGGACUUUGGCUUGAAAGUUUUUACCAGCACCAAGAUACAGAAGCCUAACCUUUGCAGAGAAGAGAUACCAGUAUAUGCCAGUAAGAACCUGGUGGCAAUGUUGGUGGCAAUUGUGGGAGUAGGGGUGGGAUUUCCUCCAGUUAGCCUUCGUUCCAUCUUCAAAAUGCCCUGAAAAUCACAAGAUUUAUAAGCUCUGCAAAUUUAAGAGGAACGAUAACAGCUUAAGAAGAGCCAAUGGCAAAUCUUCUCUAGCAUCCUGUUCUCACAUUGGCUGAAGGGUUGCUUGUGGGAAACCAGCAAAUGUACAUCCAGCUACCCUCUACGUCCCUAAGGGCCUUGAGGCAAUGACUAAAACUUUUGCUGAGUGCCUAGUUCUACAGCCCUAUAUUUCUUAAAAAAUAUUAAGAUACUUGGCAGAAGGGUUUUCAGGAAGAGUUUCAAUUGCCUCAUCCCUUCCGGCAUUUGCAUGCUGUAAAUAGAAAGUUUACAGUGGAACCUCGGUUCCUGAACGAAAUCUAUUCCGGAAGCCCGUUCCGGAAGCUUGCGAAAUGUUCGAAAACCAAGGCAUGGCUUCCCAUUGGUUGCAAGAGCUUCUUGCACUCCGCAGAAGUCGUGUCACACGUUCAAGUUCCAAAAAACAUUUGAAAAUGGAAGCAUUUAAUUCUGGGUUUUUAGCACUCGGGAACCAAAACAUACAAGAACAGAGGCGUUCGGGAACCGAGGUUCCAGUGUACCAGUAUUUGCCCAAAGCUAGAUUCAGAGUGUAUUUUUUUUUUUAAUGAUAUUUAUUAAAAUUUUCAAAGAAUACAAAAUUACACAGGAACAAAAAGUAAAAAUACAAAAAAUAAAAAUACAAAAAAAAUAGAAAAAUAAAAAAUACAGAAAAAAGAAUAAAGAAAAAACAAAACAAGUUCAUUAUUUUCAGACCCUUGACUGUCAGUACCUUCUUUCUUAGACCCCCUCCUCCUCCCUUCCUUUGUAUUCUAGUUAUUAAUUAUCCCAGCAAAUCCUUUCCCCAUGUUUCAUAAAAUUCUAUCAUUACCUUACCCUCGACUAAUUUAAUCCUAUCUUUCUAUAAUAAAGUAAACCUUAAAGUUUAAAACUUAAGUCUUAACCUUACCAGCUUCUUGUGAUCAUAUUAAUAAUAUUCUUUCAUAAUUCUUUAUGCAUCUUUACUAAAGCCAGGUAAUUUCUUCCAACAUUUUUCUAUCAUUCAUCAACUUUGUAAAACAUUCUAAUAAUAAAAAAGAAAAAGAAAGAUAUAAACAAGUCCAAUCUUUAUCCAAUGUCCCUUUCUCCUGGUUCCAGGAUUUGUCAGUCCUUAUUAACCCGGCAACCUUAUGUCCGAGGCCCUCAAGUCAUUUCCAUGGCCCUUCCGCAGCUUGUAAUUUCCCUUGUCUCCUCGUGAUAACUCCAGCUUGACAAUGUCUCUUGCUCGUGGUAACUCCAGCUUAGUAAUGUUUUUAACCCUUCUCAUCAGAUCAGACCCUUUUCCAUAUUCAUCGCUGCAUUCCAUGUAAUAUUUAAAAGCAUGUUUCAAGGGCCCUCCAAAGUUGAGAGCCCCCACAGUCCCAAUCAUAUCGCAGCCCAUUACCAUAUUUAAAAAGUCCAGACAUCCCAGCAUAGGGGGGUCAAUCCAGCCCCCCAUUUCCAAGCCACACCGAACUUUCCCUUUCCAAAUCUGGCUUUUUCCAAGUUCAUUUGUCCAAUCCGAAGGAUCAUACUCCUGUUGGGUCUGUUCUGUCAAAACACACUGAUGAUUUAAUGCCACAAACUCCUGUUCUGUCAAAACACACUCCUGGUUUGAAUCCUGGGUAGGCUCCACAUGUUUUCCCACAGUCUGAUCAAGACAUUCCACUGCCUGUUUAAGAUUUCUAGUCGAAAUGACCAUCCAGUUCACCUUAUCAUGUAAUUCUUCCAGUAGAGCAUUUGUUUUGUAGAGAACGCGCACCAAAGUUUCUGAAAACAUUGCUCUACACAAUCAAACACUUUCCCACGGUUAUUUUGUAACAGAUGUCAAUUCCUUGGAGUUAGUUACAGUUUCAAAAGCUCCCCCCUAGGGAGAAGACUUAUAUUUGUUUUUGCUACAAAGUUUCCCUUUCCCCCCCCCAAAAUACAUAGGAUACUUUGCCCAUAUAUAUUCCUUUAGAGUGUGAAAGGGAACAGUAAAAUCACCAAAUUUCUCUUCUUUUAGCUGUCAGUCAGAAAACAAUUAUCUUGGUAAACUCACGUCAGUCCUGACACCCCCGCUCCAGGAUCAGGACGGAGGAAAAUAACUUCCUUUUGCAGUUACUUCAAAUAGUCCAAAAAAUAUAUAUUCCCAAUUUAAAAUGUUGAAAUCAUUCUUUUAAAAACGAUUCUCUGAGCUCUAGUGUAAAUUGCCUUUGCUUUGUUCUAUAUACAAAAGAACGGAAGGGUGACUUCCUGUUUAGCCCUUCCCGCUCCGUACCAAAUUGAGUAGAUUUUUUUUUUUUUUAAGGUCCAAUUCUGUCCUUUUCACAAAUCUUUAUUUAAUAUCCCAUUUGUUCAGAUUCUAAGUACUCACGGGUGUUUGUUUUAAAGUCCAAAUUGUCCCAGGAAAGAAGGCAGCGCUCUCCGGCAGCAGCUAUGCGGCUUUGCUCCACGGAAAUAGCGAUUGACUCACAGCACCACGCCGCUUCCCCUCCUCACUUCGGAGCCCGUUAGUGGGUUCCUUAGUGGAUUGGGGGGGCGCUAAAGGUGCCCGCCGAGUCCCACGGUCACAGGCUUCAUCCGCCUGUGAUUUUGAAGGGGUCCCCGCUUCGCCGUAGCGGAGUAGACCCUGUUUACCGCGAAGCAAGUCCCUCCAGUUCAGAGGGAGUCCGCCAUUGCCGGUGGCGCCACCCCGGAAGUCCUUCAGAGUGUAUUUUGUUCUAAUAGGCGUUUAUGAAUUUGCCACCGUUAUCAUUAUGGUAAAAUAUCAUGCUAUUUAAAUGGCAUAGAUUAAUUAGUCACUCAGCAGCAAUAGAACAUGGUUACAGUGGUACCUCAGGUUACAUACGCUUCAGGUUACACACUCCACUAAGCCAGAAAUAGUGCUUCAUGUUAAGAACUUUGCUUCAGGAUAAGAACAGAAAUCGGAUUCUGGCAGCGCGGCGGCAGCAGGAGGCACCAUUAGCUAUAGUGGUGCUUCAGGUUAAGAACAGUUUCAGGUUAAGAACGGACCUCCGGAACAAAUUAAGUACUUAACCCGAGGUACCACUGUAUAGGCCUUGGAGGACACAUGGUGAUUUGCAGAAUUCUACCUUUUGUUUUAAAAAGCGAAAUGGCUUAAAAGUUAAAUGGAACCAAAUAGAAAUUGGGUGCUUCUAUGCAGGUUGGGGGUUAGAUUGUAAACACAGACACAUACACACAAGACAGCUGUGUAUGAAACACAAUUUAUGACACACACGCACAUACACAAAGAGAGAGAGAUAGAGAGUACAACGAAAAACAAAAUGAAAUUAAAUAAAUAAAUUAGUUGGCGUCUGUUUGCCUCAAGAGAUAAUGUAGGAGUGUGACGUCAAACCACUGGAGAGUUAGAGGACUUGCUGUGGCUGUAUGGGAGAGACAUGUUUAAUUGCAGCUGGAGCAGAGGAAGGUCUCGGUUUUGCUGUUACAGAUGCACUGUGGUGUUACUUAUCUCUGCUCUCCUCCCAGUGGUCAUUUCUCCUCUGGUCACCACUGUGGAAAUAAAGUACAUAAUGCAGGGCAAUAUCCAACAGUCCCACUCAGAGUGUACCUACUGAAAUCAAGAGGGCUUUCUGUUCAUUGAGUCCGAAUAACAAUGGCUAUCAUCUAUGCUCUGUCUUCCUUCAAGCUGCUGGCCUACAGGUUCAAACUCUGGGUAGACGGCUAGGAGCUCCAGGCAUUCCUGCACGAGAAGCUGCAAGAACAGAAAGACAGCAGGAGACUGUCAGGAGCUACUUUCCCGAGACGUGGCUCUGGAACACGUGGAUAGUGAAGUAAGUAGUGGUUUUCAGACUUUGUGGGGUGCGCAUAUUGCAGAUAUUAAUAUUAUGCAGUUUGAAGCGAGUGGAUGCAUAAAAACGGGCUAAUUUGGAAAUGAAGCACUGUCAAGGCCCAUAAGUUUAACGAAAGCUUUGCUUACAGAACUUUCUUCAAAACAAAACAAAAGCAUCCAAACAACUCCAUAAGACACAUGCCAGUCCAAGGCAUAGGCUCAGCAUCUUACAAAAUGUCAAACAAUUUCAACAGACCUAGAAACAGAGGUCUGUCUCUCCCCACAACCUGCAUCCAGCCUGAGGCUGUUUAUCUGGAAAGCUUCAUCUACAUCCUCACUCUCACAGAGCCCAGGAACAAAGGACUCCAGCCAUCACCCUUCCAAGAUGGCGAAGUUGCAAUUCAAUUCAAUACCUCUCAUGUGAUCUAAGGUUAAACACUCAUAUGUUAGAUUGCAGAAAACAACAUUCCAUUAUCAACUCAGUUAAGGCUCAGAGUCCCUUAGAGUAUGGCAGUGGAAUUUUCCAGCAUUAAACCCUUUCACCAUUACACAUAAGCAUUCCCAUUUCGGUGUCAAUUAAAACCAUUAUAAUCAAUAGGGCAGUGGUGGUGCUGGGGGAGUCCGUAGCGAAAAUCCCUUGAAAGAAAUGCUGAGAACCUGUGGCCCUCCAGGCGUUACUGCCAUACAACCUCCAUCAUACCUGCUCACAGGCCAUCCAGCCCGGGGAUGAUGGGAGUUGGAGCCCAACAACAGUGGGAAGGCCACACAGCCCCCACCCCGCAAAAUCUCUGCCCUAUUACGAGCCAUAACCCUAGGGAAAAUUAGGCAGAUUAAUGAAGGACAAGGCUCUUGAUAGCACCUCGAAUACUUGGAAGUGAUGUGCAUUUUACAGGAUUUCCCUGGUGAUGGGAAAUGAAGAUACGGCUUGCAGGAGGGAGCUAUGAAAAUGUUCUUCACCCUGCACGGCCAUCUUCAGAAAUCUAAAGGCCUGUCACAUUGAAGAUGGAUCAAACAUUGCUGGGGCUUUGUCAACAGGAUCGGGAGGCCAGCUGGCAAGCCCCAGCUCAGCCGACUCCUUCCAUCGACCUCUGCUCUGACGUAAAUCAGCGACCCGGGCUUCAGAACCAGGGCACGCUAUCAGCAGAUAGAACUGCGCACACAGAAUAGGCUUGAGGCUUGUGAAGUCAUACUACAAACUACAGAUUUAUUAAUCAUAAAUCAGGACAAAGAAACAUGUCGUCUCUCAUGCCGUCUCAGAGAGAAUGGGAAAAAGCAAAAGCUAUACACAAACGGAAGUUCCCAGCAUACUGUGCUGGAAUGUAAACAGACAUGUGACAUGCAACAAUUCCACAUGUCUGUUCCUUAAGGUGGAGUGGAAUUCUCAGCAGGCUUGUACUAGAUGACCCUUGGGGUCCCUUCCAACUAUGAUUCUAUGAAACUUGUUUUCUGCUGCUCCAGAGGGCAGGGCCCAAAUCAAUGGAUUCAAGUUAAAGGAGAUUCUGACUAAACAUUAUGGUGGUCAGAGCUGUUUGGUAUGGACUCCCUCAGAAGGUGGUGGACUCUCCUUCCCUGGAGGCUUUUAAGCAGAGCUUGGAUGGCCAUCUGUCAGCGAUUUGUUAGCUGGGAAUUGUUCAGUGGACUAGAUGAGGCUUGGGGUCCUAUUGAUGGUAUCAAACACCGAGUAAAUUGGCAAAAAUGUACAAAACUAAAUCAAAUAAAUGUUGGAAAUGUUAAGAGAAAGAAGGUUAUUUUUAUCAUAUGUGUGGUGCCAGUGUGAUGUAGUGGUUAAGAAUGGUAGACUUGUGAUCUGGUGAACCGGGUUCGCGUCUCCGCUCCUCCACAUGCAGCUGCUGGGUGACCUUGGGCCAGUCACACUUCUCUGAAGUCUCUCAGCCCCACUCACCUCACAGAGUGUUUGUUGUGGGGGAGGAAGAGAAAGGAGAAUGUUAGCCGCUUUGGGACUCUUUAGGGUAGUGAUAAAGUGGGAUAUCAAAUCCAAACUCAUGUGGUAACCUUACUUACCUUGUGGUAAGGUUAAGGCUUACUGGGAAAUGAUAUACAAUGAAAUGAAAAGGAUGUUUAAAAUAAUGUUUGUAAAAAAAACACCAGAAGCCUUUCUCUUGGGAAUUAUAGGGACAGAACUACUUAAAUUGUAUAGAAAUUUAUUCAUGUACAGCAGCGAGAAUGUUACUUGCCACCAAAUGGAAAGAAGCAGAAGUCCCAGCAAAGGAAGAAUGGAUAUGAAAACGUAUGGAAUAUGCAGAAAUGGCAAAACUUUCCAGAAGAAUAAGAAAUCAAGAUAACAAACUUUUAAUAAAAGAAUGGAAAUGGUUUAUUGAAUAUUUACAGACAAAUUGUAAACAGAUAAAAAGACGGGCAGGAUUAUUGUAAUAACCUGCAGUUACAUAAGAGUAUAUAUUCAAAGAGGAUAAAUAAAUAUGUUAAGUUAAUUUGGAUAUGCAGAAGAUAUUAAAAACAAACUUAAGGAACCGCAGAAAGAGGGGGAAGGAAGUCAAGUUUUAAAAUGUCAAAAUAACUGUAAAAUCAAUGGAAUGUGUAUAUCUGAAAAGAUAUGUAUACGUAUACAUAUACAUAUAUAUAAAACCCUUGGGACCCCUUCAAACUCUAUGAUUCUUUGAUUCCUGUUCUUUUCUGUCCCUCAGCGGCGAGUCCCAAGGUGAGAUUGACAUCCCCGUGACCAUUCCGGACACCAUCACCGAGUGGAAGGCAGGAGCUUUCUGCUUGUCCCCGGAUGUGGGCUUUGGCCUGGCCCAGACUGCCUCUCUCAGAGCCUUCCAGCCAUUCUUCCUUGAUAUGACCAUGCCCUACUCUGUGGUGCGGGGCGAAGCGUUCACCCUGAAGGCCACUGUCUUCACUUACAUGCAGCGCUGCGUCAGGGUGAGGAAUGCCCUAGCUUGGCUCCCGAUUCCCGAAAACUCCUCGCCCUCUUUUCCUUGGCAUAGAAUUUGGAUCGCCUAGGCACGGAAUCAUAUUGCUGCAGGCACCCCAGUCUCUUGAGUGGCGAGAGACUUUUGUUCCCUCCCCGCUAACGCCUUUCUGUUCAUGGACAGGUCAGUAUCUCGCUGGCUCCCUCUGCUGAGUUUGUGGCUUCCCCUGUGGAGAAGGAGGAAGAAUCUUACUGCCUGUGUGCCAACGAAAGGAAAACGGUCUCUUGGACGGUAACUCCCAAAUCUCUGGGUAAGCAGCAAUGCUAGGAACUGGGUAACCACCACGGUCUGAAAGCGAGAUGAGCGCCGUAACCACAUAGUCGCCUUUGACUGGACUUAACCACCCAGGGGUCCUUUACAUUUUACCUUUACCAAACCCUUAGAUCAGGGAUAUGUAUAAAUGCAAGGAGUCCUGAUUCCUCCUACAGAAUUACCACCUUUAGAUUGCAGUGAAAGUUUGUGUGUGCGUGCGUGCGUGCGCGUGCGUGCGUGCGUGGUCGUGUGCGCACUUCCAGCAUGUAAAUACAAUAUAUAUAUUUUUCAGAUUAAAAAUUUACAGUCAGAUAUCCAACAUACAUACAACAUAGAAACAAGAUUCCAAAGAACUCCUGGACUUCCCUCCUCCCCUUUGUGGGUCCUAUUGUUAAUCAUUUCCUCCUGCAACUUUUAUGAUAAUCCAAAUCUUUUACAUCUCCAUUGUGUCCAAAAUUCACCAUUAAACUACAAGUGUUACUCCAAUCCUACUAACGAUUUUAACUGUUUACAACGGUUUUUAAGAUAAACUAUAAAUUUUCCCCAUUCCUUAUUAAAUUUUUGGUCUUCCUGAUUUCUGAUUCUUUCAGUCAUUUUAGCCAUUUUGGCACUGUCCAUCAACUUGAUCAAAUACAGUGGUACCUCUACUUACGGACGUGAUCCGUUCCGGGGUGCCAUUUGCACCGCGAAAAGUCCGUAAGCAGUGCAUGUGAUGCGAUAGAGUGCGCAUGCGCGAAGCGUGCAGAUCGCUCCUGCGCAUGUACGAAGUGAUGAACCUGGAAGUAAACACUUCUGGGUUUGCCGCGUUCGUAACCAGAAAAAACGCGACGUGAAGCAAACGCAACUCGAGGUAUGACUGUGCUGUAUUUUAGAGUCCAUGGCAAAUUUGGCUACUGCCUACAUUUUGGGUAUGCAUUGAUUUCUCUCCCAACUUUAAAUAACCUAAUAGGAAUGGAAAGGAUCUAGCAUCUAGAUCAAGGGAAGUAAUAGUGCCACUGUAUUCUGCUCUGGUCAGACCUCACCUGGAGUACUGUGUCCAGUUCUGGGCACCACAGUUCAAGAAGGGCACUGACAAACUGGAACGUGUCCAGAGGAGGGCAACCAAAAUGGUCAAAGGCCUGGAAACGAUGCUUUAUGAGGAACGGCUAAGGGAGCUGGGCAUGUUUAGCCUGGAGAAGAGGAGGUUAAGGGGUGAUAUGAUAGCCAUGUUCCAAUAUAUCAAAGGAUGUCACAUAGAGGAGGGAGAAAGGUUGUUUUCUGCUGCUCCAGAGAAGCGGACACGGAGCAAUGGAUCCAAACUACAAGAAAGAAGAUUCCACCUAAACAUUAGGAAGAACUUCCUGACAGUAAGAGCUGUUCGACAGUGGAAUUUGCUGCCAAGGAGUGUGGUGGAGUCUCCUUCUUUGGAGGUCUUUAAGCAGAGGCUUGACAACCAUAUGUCAGGAGUGCUCUGAUGGUGUUUCCUGCUUGGCAGGGGGUUGGACUCGAUGGCCCUUGUGAUCUCUUCCAACUCUAUGAUUCUAUGAUUCUAUGAACCAUGCUAUUAACAAAAUAGAAUGAGGGCGGCCCUUUUUUCUCUUCUAGGAGAAAUAAACUUCACAGCGAGCGCUGAAGCCCUGAACUCUGAACAGCUGUGUGGGAACGAAAUAGUGGAGACACUCCACAAAGGGCAGAAGGACACUGUGAUCAAAUCCCUUUUGGUCAAGGUACGAGUGGCGGCAGAGCAUAUGUUUGCAUUGCCCAGGGUGGGCACGCUCCCGAGGGGGGCAUGGCGUGGAGGGUGCCCUCCCAGGCACAGGAUCGCCGCUCGGGUUCCCGGAGCAGCAUGUGUGCCCUGCAGCUGGGGACGAAGUGAUCCGCUCAUGGGUGCAGAGCGAGCCGCCCAUGGUGGACAUUUGGUGCGCCGCCUGCCCGUGAUUCCCAAGCCUCUCCCAAGUUGUCAAAACGAAGGGGGAAGGGGGAAACGCCACCGGCAAAGCGGCGCAACUCCCCCCGACGGCUGAGGGUACGCUUGGGAAUCACAGGCGGGUGGUGCGCCGAAUGUCACCCCCCUCAGUGAGGGCACCCGGGGCAGUCCGCCCGCACCGCCCCUCUUCCUCUGCCCCUGGGUACGAGGGCUGCUUUAAUCUUGAUUUGGGGUUGCAUAAGUGUGAUUUUGUGGGGAGUAAAGCAGACCCUCCAAGUGUCCCCAUUUUCCAAGGACAGUCUCGGAUUUACAGACACCGUCCUGGUUUUUGAUUUGAUUCCGGAUUGUCCCGCUUCUUCCUCCCACCAUUGUCACUGGAGGAAUGCUGGAGGGCAUGGCAAAGCAACAACGUUUGCAAUAAGUUGCCUGAAUCAUUGGGGAAUAAAGAGAGAAACGGAACUUCCUCCUUACUGAUUCCUUCUCUUUCAGCAAUGACUGUAUUCUCCUGUGUAUAAGACGGUGAUUUUGCUAAAAAAAAUGUAGUCCAAAAUUUGGGGUCGUUUUAUACACUUGGCUUGGGCUCUUGAAAUAAGGCAACUCAAAAAAGCUCAAUAACUUUGGUCAGCUUCCCUCAAAAAAAAGCUCAAAGUUGUUUUGUUUGAUGUUUAAAAUAUUGAUUUCUUAAUAGUAAGGCAAACUUUUUCCUUUCAGGGUCUGUUUCCUGCUUAUUUUCCAAGUUUCAGUCAAUGUGAGCUAGCAUGUGCCAGUGUGUUAACUUAUUGGCUCUAUCUUGGCUGCAUGUAAAAUUCAUAUACAGGGACCUUAGGGUUUGUAAUAACCAAAUAACAUUUAGAAUGGCUUUGUUUGCCAUGAGGAAUACACCUUAAGUUUUCUUUAUCCUUCCAACCAGACUACAGUGGUACCUCGGGAUGCGAAUGGGAUCAGUUCCAGAGCCCCGUUCGCAUCCUGAAUAGAACAUAAGACGCGACUGCACGUGCGCAGGUCAUGUUUUCCUGCUUCUGCGCAUGCGCGUGACGUCAUUUUGAGCAUCUGCGCAUGCGUGAGCAGUGAAACCCGGAAGUAACGCGCUUGUUUACUUCUGGGUUGCCGCGGAUCACAACCCAAAAGAGCUCAACUUGAAGCACAUUCAACCCGAGGUAUGACUGUAUUUCUUUCUGCACACUGCUAGAAUGCAGAAUUUAUUUCAUUCUCCCCUCUCCUUUUCUUUUCUCUCCUCUCAUGAAGCCGGAAGGCGUUGAGAGGGACGUGGUCUUCAACAACCUGCUAUGUGCAGUUGGUAAGUGACGGCUAAUGGAGGUAUCCCUACCCAUUUCUCUGCAUGAAUCUCACAUAACUGGAAAGGGCACAACUGCACCAUACAGAAACAUCAUCAUCGACAUCAUCAUCAUCAGUUGCUUUUCUCUUAUUUAUUUAUUUAUACUUUUCAGUUUAUACAUUUCACUGAUUUUACAAUCAUUUUGACAUUUCAAAACUCAACUUCCUUCCCCCUCUUUCUGCAGUUCCUUAAAUUAGUUUUUAAUAACUUCUGCAUGUCCAAAUUCACUUAAUUUACUCAUUUAUUCAUCUUCUUUUAAUACAUACUCUUAUAAAACUGCAGGUUAUUACAAUAAUCCUGGCAAUAUUUUUAUCUGUUUAUAAUUUAUCUGUAAAUAUUCAAUAAACCAUUUCCAUUCAUUGGUUAAAAAAAAAGUUAACAAAUUAGUUGCUUUUCUCACAGAGUGAAGCAAAGUGACAAUUAUUAUUACUAUUAUUAUUAUUUAUAGUAGUAAUUACACACCCUUUGUUAGCUUUUUUUCUGAGUCAUGUAGAGUGAUUCUUUGCUUGCAGGAUGGCAACUAUUACAAGCAAUAAUAUUUAUGCAUAUCAAGUCAAAUACAAUGCAUCCCUCUCCCUUGAGCCCAAGAGAGGGUCUUCUUGUUUCUUGCUUCCAAAACUCCUUUGAAACCGGCCAUAAAUUAUCAGCCCAUCGCUCCUCAAACCUGGAAGGGAACGAAGAGUAGGCUUGCAAAUGUUCCCGCUAACUGGAAGAGAGGUUGUAAUAUCAGGCAACAGGAAUGAUCAAAACUCCCUCUGUUCUGCUUCCAGAGAAGCCAAAGUCAUCACAACCUGUUUCUUUAAAGCUGCCAGGCAACGUGGUGGAGGGCUCAGCCAGGGCCUCCUUCUGUGUGCUGGGUAAGUCAUGAAAACUUUCCGGGACUCGGGCUUCACGGAGACCCUGUGUAAAUGCUCUGUAUUCCACACCAUCUGGCCCAGUCUUCACCCUUCCGCAUGUGAAUAGCUCUCUCCAGUUCCAAUGUCCUGGGCUGAGUGCAGUUGCUUAUGAAGUCAAGACAGCACCGACCACAUACCGUAUUUUUUGCUCUAUAAGACUCACUUUUUCCCUCCUAAAAAGUAAGGGGAAAUGUGUGUGCGUCUUAUGGAGCGAAUGCAGGCUGUGCAGCUAUCCCAGAAGCCAGAACAGCAAGAGGGAUUGCUGCUUUCACUGCGCAGCGAUCCCUCUUGCUGUUCUGGCUUCUGAUAUUCAGAAUAGUUUUUUUCUUGUUUUCCUCCUCCAAAAACUAGGUGCGUCUUGUGGUCUGGUGCGUCUUAUAGAGCGAAAAAUACGGUAGAUGUCAGUGUUAGGUUUCUGUUAUGCCACUGUGUAGUUCUUGGAGUCACAAGACUCUGUUGACAUUCCAGACUGUCUCACGGGAGACAGAUGUUGAAGUUACUGGUUUCCUGUUUCUUUGUUCCUGUUGUUUUCUGUCUCUCACAGAGAGCAGAUGCAUAUUCUUUUCUGUCCUGCGUAGUCAGAAAUAAAGCAGCAAUGUAGCACAUAUUUCAUGUCUCCUUCUGCUGCUGUCUGGGUACUCUGCUUAAAGGGGAGCGUGCCUGAAGUCUCAUUCAAAGGCUUAGGUCGUUAAUCACCGUCAGAGGAGAGCCGGAGGAGUAGCCUUUACAGCUGGAUCGUACAGAGGCUCCGACAGUCAGCAGGCUUGGAGGAGACCCAAGAUUUGCAGAAGUAGCAAACAAAGUUGUAGAAGGAGAGCUAAGGGCUAGAGCUGGGGUGGAAUGGAACAGCUCAAUGAGGACUGAGCAUGCACCAUGGGCAUGGGAUGCUAGCAAACUUUUGGGAAGGGAAAUCAAGUGGCAGGGGUAAUGAAAUGGAGUAUGCUGGAAAAGAAUGUAUCUUUCUGGAACUCAAUGCUACAUGCUGUAAAUAUUUGCGCUUAUUUUCUUCUUGUCUUUUCCCUUAUUCUAGCACAUUCUUUCUUGGCCUGGCCUCUCCUUGCCUCCUUAAUUAUGCCUCCAUCUGAGCCCAGUCAUUUCUCAUGUAAUCUGGCACUGAUAAUAUGUGGGAAUUAGACUCUAGUUCCCAUUUACAGAACUAUGUGAAGGGAGGAGACCGGGUUGUUUAACCCUUUAACUAGUUCCCUUUUCCGUUCUAUAAAAAUUACACAAAACACACUCUCUUUUUAAAGUUUAAAUAACAAAUAGCUUUUAAUCAGUGUACAGUCGUACCUCGGCUCCUGAAUGCCUUGGGAGUCAAACAUUCUGGCUCCCAAAUGAUCGAAAACCGGAAGUAAGUGGUCCGGUUUUCAAAUGUUCUUUUGGAAGCGGAAUGUCCAAUGGGGCGUCUGCGGUUUCAGAUUGACUGCAGCUAAACAGAAGCCGCGCUUUGGAAGUCGAACAUUUGGGAAGUCAAACGGACUUCCGGAAUGGAUUCUGUUCGACUUCUGAGGUACGGCUGUACUUGCACUUGUUAGAUUAAACAUACAAGGCAGGCAGGUGUUAUGUUGCUAAUACACAUUGCAUAGAUUUGUAUGUUAUUAGCACUUAAUAUUUAUCUGCUUCCAUCUGGCCAUUCUCUCCUCCACAGCAUUUUCAUUACGUUCAUUUCCACCUGAACUAUUUCCCCCUCCCACUCCCUGAUCUGUGAUUUCCUGAUCUGUGUUUAUGGAAGUUUUUAAUAUUUAAUGCUGUAUUGUUUUUAACACUCAAUUGGGAGCCGCCCAGAGUGGCUGGGGAAACCCAGCCAGAUGGGCGGGGUAUAAAUAAAUUAUUAUUAUUAUUAUUAUUAUUAUUAUUAUUAUUCCUCAUGGAAAUUUGCAUUGCUUUGAUGUUUUCUUUUGUCAUGUGUUUCACUUGGUGGCUCUGCACCAUCCCCUCAUAUUCCAACCAAUCUUUUCCCUCCCCUCCUCUUCCCACAUCCCAGGGGACAUCCUCGGAUCAGCUAUAGAGAACCUCCACCAGCUUCUUCAGAUGCCCUACGGCUGUGGGGAGCAGAACAUGGCCCUCUUUGCCCCCAACAUCUACAUCCUGGAGUACCUGAAUAAGACUGAGCAGCUGACUGAGGAGGUGAAGUCCAAGGCCCUGGGAUACUUAGUGGCUGGUGAGAAAAACUUGUGAGGAGAGGAUGUACGGGGAGAAUUCUACAUUUGUUGUUUCCUGCAGGGCGGGAGGAACAAUGUGGAUUCACUCAGAACACAUUUAUAAGCAUGGCUGCCGGCUUUACUGGACUGAAAUCAAUACAUGAAUUACCGUAUUUUUCGCUCUAUAAGACGCACCAGACCACAAGACGCACCUAGUUUUUGGAGGAGGAAAACAAGAAAAAAAAUAUUCUGAAUCCCAGAAGCCAGAACACCAAGAGGGAUCGCUGCUCAGCAAAAGCAGCGAUCCCUCUUGCUGUUCUGGCUUCUGGGAUAGCUGCACAGCCUGCAUUCGCUCCAUAAGACGCACACACAUUUCCCCUUACUUUUUGGGAGGGAAAAAGUGAGUCUUAUAGAGCAAAAAAUACGGUAACUACCACACUAGUUGUUGGAUUGCUAGUAGGGACCAAUUUUAAUCACUGGGGCUUUGAGUUCAGGACACACUUUGAAACUAUUGAGAAACUGAGGGUGGCGUGUCUUCUCUUGAUGCCCACAUAGCCUCUGAGCAUCCAUCACCGCCCCCUUGGUUGUGUGGCUGAGUAACCUUUCCUCCCCUGAAAAGUAAAGGUAAAGGUAAAGGUACCCCUGACCGUUAGGUCCAGUCGUGGCCAACUCUGGGGUUGCGGCGCUCAUCUCGCUUUAUUGGCCGAGGGAGCCGGCGUACAGCUUCCGGGUCAUGUGGCCAGCAUGACUAAGCCGCUUCUGGCGAACCAGAGCAGCGCAUGGAAACGCCGUUUACCUUCCCGCCGGAGCGGUACCUAUUUAUCUACUUGCACUUUGACGUGCUUUCAAACUGCUAGGUUGGCAGGAGCAGGGACUGAACAACGGGAGCUCACCCCGUCGCGGGGAUUCGAACCACCAACCUUCUGACCAGCAAGUCCUAGGCUCUGUGGUUUAACCCACAGCGCCACCCGCGUCCCUCCCCCUGAAAAGUACAUAGAGCCAAAGGAGGAAGUUGGAAGAGUGGUGCUCUUUCUCACUUCCUCCUUCAACUCUAUGUGCUUUACAAGGCUCGGAUUAAUUCUGCUGGUUCUACUCAGAUCCCUUGAAUGAACUAGGUGUGUGUUUGUGUACCCACUUUCUUUCUGCCUCUCUGUGGGGUGAGUGGAUAGCAGCAUUUAUCAAUGGGGUUAUGAAUUGGUUUUGUUCUUGUUUUUAUCAUGUAUUUUGUUUCUUUAUUUUGUAUGUUUUUUUACUGUGAACUGCCCUGGGAUCUUUGGGUGAAGGGUGGUAUACAGAUUUAAUUUUUAAAAAAAAAUGGAUAAAAAAUAAAUGUUAAAUGAUAUGCGAUCUUACUACUUCCUUUCCCCAAAACUGUAGGAGUGCAAAUAUCCAGAGAUGUAGUGAUCAGGUGGGAUUGCUAUGAGGAAUUAUAACAAAUAUAGAGUAAGCCAUCUGUGUCAGCAAUGAAAGCAUUGCGUUGACUGGGUUUAAACUAUUUUGAUAUGAUUUUUGAUCAAUCUACAUCUCUGAAUCUCUGGCCCCUUUGACCCUACUGCCCAUUUCUCUCUCCUCACGUCACGUACACAGCGUACACAGCAGUUGCUCCGCCAGGCAGGCAUCCUGGGCCAUAAAGAUAGUGGGCGAGUUCUUUGAUGUAGUUUUCUAAUAUAUAAUCUUAAAAUGUUAAUCUUGGAGCCAGGAAACAGAUCUCACAUGAAGGUAGUAGUGAUCUGGUCUUUCUGGCCAUCCUUCUUAUCAUGUUUAUUUCUCAGCUCUGGGGUUGCCAGAUGCACCCCUUUGUAGUUCUCAACUUAUUUACCACCCCUUUGUAGUUCUCAAGUUAUUUACUACCCCUUUGUAGUUCUCAACAUAUUUACCCCAAAAUAUAUGCAUGCUAAUUAGUGUUGUAGUGUAACUUUUUCCCCACGUGGGGUUUGAUGAAAUGCUCAGAGGAAAUAUGAUUGGUUCUUACUGUGUAAAAGAUUCUUUUGCUAAUAAAAUGGCCUGGUGAGGGGUGUGGUUGACGCACUUUUCUCCGAGAGUCUUGCUGGUCAAAGCCUCGUGUCUUGCUUUUAAUCAGGGUCCAAUUCUUCCUUUACUUUGCAAACGCAACACAAAAUGGCAUAUCUGAUGAGUUUUGGGUAGCAUUUAGGAAAACACUGAAUGUAGCAUUGCCAUAAGGAGCACGCUCCUCUCCUAUUAUUGCAGAAGUAGACAUAAUUCACACAAUGAUAUGUGCAAAAUAGAAAGUAGUCCUUGUUUAUCAGGUUUCAGAACUGUAAGUCUCAAGAAAAUAUUCAACCUUGCGCUUUUUUGUUGCAUUACAGUUCUUACCACUUCUUUCCAUAGAAGAUGCCUCUGUUGAGUUUUGGGUCAGUUGCAAAUUUUAUCAAGAAGAUUAAAAAAGGGCAAAAAACCCCACCCCGAUUCUCCUUCCAUUUCAGGCUACCAGAGGCAACUGAACUACAAGCACUCUGAUGGCUCCUAUAGCACCUUUGGACAAGAUAACCGGAGCCCAGGGAACACCUGGUGAGAUUGACAGAGGCGACCUCAUUUAUGCAAGGCAUAUACAUACAUGUUGAGCAGGGGGAGGUUACCUGGUUGAAUUGCCUUGAAAGUCCAAAUACACUAUGUCAGCUGGCUCACCCUUAUCUAUAUGCUUGUUGACACUCUCAUAGGGCUCUAUAGGUUUGUGGGACAGGACUUGUCCUUGCAGAAGCCAUGCUGGUUCUACGUCAGCAAGGCUUGUUCUUCUAUAUGCUUGGUAAUUUUAUCCUUGACAAUUCUUUCCUGGGACAGAUGUUAAGCUAACCAGCCUGUAAUUCCCACAAUCCCUACCCCAGGAUAUAUUCUAUCUUAAUACAAUUCUGUAUUCCUUAGCUUAAGCUGUUGAUUUUUUGUCUCAUACGUGAAAAUGCUUUCCUGGUGUUGCAUCCAAUAUUAUUCAUUCUGAGGUCCUAUCAAAGGGCACAUUUCUGGGCUUCUACCUUUCCCCAAAUGCAUUGGCACUGGUGCCUGACUCUGCUGUGCUCGGUGGCUUUCUUGCAGGCUGACGGCAUUUACGCUCAAGUCCUUUUCCCGAGCCAGACCCUACAUCUUUGUGGAAGAAAAACACGUCCAAGACGCUCAGGCAUAUCUGGCUGCUAGGCAGAGAGAGAAUGGCUGCUUCAGAAGCAUCGGGACCCUGUGGAACAACGCUCUGAAGGUACAGAGAGAGGGAGAGAAUGCAGUCAGAACCAGAUGCUGGGGCAACCUCAGAAACAAAAAUUCACCAGUGUGGUUUGUGUUGGCCUUUUGGGCUGAAUUAAGUUGGAAAUUGUCAUGGUGUGAUUAUCUUACGCUGUUCUCUUGAGCUCUUUCUGAGGCCUCUGGACUGAGGAAGUUGUAGUGUGGAAGAUACCAUGAGAAGAGAAGAUAGGUGGGAACAUAGAUCCCAACUCUGGGGUGCCAUAAUAAUAAAAUAAUAAUAAUAAUAAAAUAAUAAUAUAUUAUUUAUACCCUGCCCAUCUGGUUGGGUUUCCCCAGCCGCUCUGGGCGGCUCCCAACAGAAUACAACAAAACAUCAAGCAUUAAAAACAUCCCUAAACAGGGCUGCCUUCAGAUGUCUUCUAAAAGUUGGAUAGUUCUUUAUCUCCUUGACAUCUGAUGGGAGGGCGUUCCACAGGGUGGGUGCCACUACUGAGAAGGCCCUCUGCCUGGUUCCCUGUAACUGCACUUCCUUCAGUGAGGGAACCGCCAGAAGACCCUCUGCGCUGGACUUCAGUGUCUGGGCUGGACGAUGGGGGUGGAGAUGCUCCUUCAGGUAUACUGGCCCAAGGCCAUUUAGGGCUUUAAAGGUAGCCCCACGUAGAGCACAUUACAGUGUGGGUGCCCGGCCGGGUGACCCAAUGCAUUGCACAUGUGACAUCACAUGGUUCGACGAGGCCCAAUGGGGUUCAUCACAGCUGUGGGAGGACCAUAACACUCUCUGGAAGGCCCGGCAAUGUGUGACAUCAUACAUACAUGACAGGCACCCCCAAUGUGGGGUGGAACCCAGUGCACCUGGGCGGGAAGCAGUGCAGAACUGGAGUGGAGAGUAGGAAUGGGACCAUUUGCAUGGAAACCAUCCAUGAUAGGAGACCCAUGUGGACCGGAGCUCUAAGUAUGGUGGACAGCCAGAAGAAGUACAUCCUAGUAUCGGGUGGGUUUUGGAGAAGGUGGAUCUUGGGAGAUGGAGAAGGACCUGCACAUACCCCAUGGCGCUGCCUUUUCCGCUUUCUUUCCUACAGGGUGGGGUGGAUGACGAGAUCAGUCUCUCUGCCUACAUCACUGCUGCUUUGCUGGAGAGCCAUCUGCCUCUUGAUGUAAGUAUCUGUCUUCUCCUUCCCGAAGCCCAUUGUGGAAAGAAACAGUCAUGCAGGGCAGGCAGGAGGUGCCCCCCACAAUCACAGCUGAAUGUCUCUCGGCAAAUUCCAAAUCAACAAACAAGUGGGGUGCAUGUUUCCUUCUCAAGCAAAGCAACCAGCCUUCUUUCUCGUGUAGAGGGCAGGAGAACCCAGGACCCUCCAGAUCUUGUUGGACUACAACUUCCAUCUGCCCCAGCCAACAUGGCUAAUGCUCAGGGAUGACGGGCUCUGUAGUCAACCACAGAUGUUCUCUAACUCAAGUCUAGCAAGUGGCCGUCAUGCGUUCUGUGGCGGGAAUUUGUUUCACUAUCCUGGCAGAGCUGAGAAUUUUCCUGGUUUGCUUAAGAUGGGUUUUCUUCAUUCCAGUGGGGGAGAUGCAGGACACAUCCCUUGGAUGAAAGGUGGUAAUAAUAAUAAUAAUAAUAAUAAUAAUAAUAAUAAUAAUUUUUAUUUAUACCCCACCCUCCCCAGCCAAGACCAGGAUCAGGGCGGCUAACACCCGAUAUAAAAACAAAUUGAUUGAAAUACAACUUAAAAACAAGAUUAAAAUACAACAUUAAAACAUUAAAAUACAGCCUCCUUUCAAUGGAAACUCAAAUCAAAAACUUUUUUGGGGAUGAAAAAUCAAGUCUUCACCAAGGCUAACUUUCCAGACUGGUCCUACGUGGGCCAGAAAAAAGCCAGGGAAGUCCCCAAAUCGGAGUUCCAUCACAGAAGGAGAAAGGAAAAAGGAAAGAGAGGGAGGGGAUGAAGUUGAUUCCAAGCCAAAGGCCAGGCGGAACAACUCUGUCUUACAGGCCCUGCGGAAAGAAAUCAGAUCCUGCAGGGCCCUGGUCUCAUGAGACAGAGCGUUCCACCAGGCCGGAGCCAGUGCUGAAAAGGCCCUGGCUCUGGUUGAAGCCAAUCUAACUUCCUUAGGGCCCGGGACCAUUAGGGUGUUGCUAUUUAUGGACCUUAAGGUCCUCCGUGGGGCAUACCAGGAGAGGCGGUCCCAUAGGUACGAGGGUCCUAGGCCGUAUAGGGCUUUAAAGGUCAAAAGCAGCACCUUAAAUCUGACCCUGUACUCCACCGGGAGCCAGUGCAGCUGGAAAAGCAUAGAAAAGGUAAAGAAAUUUAAUAAAUGAAUAAAAAUGAAAGGGGUUUUCCAGAGGCACCUGGUUGUGAGAACAGGGUGCCAGACUAGAUGGGCCCUUUGUGUGAUCUAAGGCGCUCUUCUGAUGUUCUUAUGUCUUUGCUCUGCCCAGCUUCCUGCAGCGGGUGGGCCUGACUCUGCUAUUCCAGCCACCACCUACGGGUUGCCCCCAGGCCUUCUGAAACAGCUACAAUGGCUUGGGCUAAGCCUCUCCUCCCUCCCUUCUCUCCACAGCAUCCCACCGUGCGUAAUGCCCUGUUCUGCCUGGAGACGGCGGCGGCUCAGGCGAAAGAGAUCCACGUUUACAGCCUGGCCUUGCUGGCUUAUUCCUUUGCCCUGGCAGGGAAGGAGGAGCAGAGGCAGAAAAUGCUGCAGUUACUCCAUGAGGAAGCCGUGCAAGAAGGUGAGAACGAAUCUCUGGGUGGAAGGGAAGCGUAUAGUACUCAACUCUUCUUCAGCUCCGAGGGCCUUCUGGCGGUUCCCUCAUUGCGAGAAGUGAGGUUACAGGGAACCAGGCAGAGGGCCUUCUCAGUGGUGGCACCCGCCCUGUGGAACGCCCUCCCUUCAGAUGUGAAGGAAAUAAGCAGCUAUCUUAUCUUUAAAAGACAUCUGAAGGCAGCCCUGUUUAGGGAAGUUUUUAAUAUUUAAUGCUGUAUUGUUUUUAACACUCGAUUGGGAGCUGCCCAGAGUGGCUGGGGAAACAGCCAGAUGGGCGGGGUAUAAAUAAUAAAUUAUUAUUGUUGUUGUUGUUGUUGUUGUUAUUAUUCUCCCCUUGAAAAUCUGGCUCCUCGUUCCCUGGUGGGAAUGAAUAGUUGGCAAUGCAGACAAAACCACCAGUCCAAAGAUCCGCCUUCUUCUCAGGAUCCAAACAGUUUGCUGGCCCUCUUCCCACAUUCCACAGCACCGACAUUGUUAGUGGUGGCUGGGUUGCUCGACCCAAACAUUAACGACUCCCUCCCUCCCUGAAGAGGAUGGCUCCCUUCACUGGCAGCGGCCUGGAAAGAAAGAGGUGGACAAGCACCUUUCAUUCUUUGGUCCUCCCCGGGCUCCGUCUGCGGAGGUGGAGAUGACAGCCUACGUCCUCCUGAGUUACCUGACCAAACAGCCAGCGCCAUCCCAUCAAGAGCUGGGGACAGCCACCCGCGUUGUCAAGUGGCUCAGCCGGCAACAGAACCCCACUGGGGGCUUCUCCUCCACUCAGGUAAGCCUCCUUCCUUCCUUCCUUCCUUCCUUCCUUCCUUCCUUCCUUCCUUCCUUCCUUCCUUCCUUCCUUCCCUCCCUGCCAUUCUCUCCUUCCAGGGAUCCAGACCAAAGUCUGCAAGGAGUGAUGGGAAGGCACAGCAAGCGUCAGGGCUGCUGCAAACCCUUGAAAUCCAAUAAAAAAUUCCAAUCAAAAAUUCUAUACCGAAUGGGAAUGCAUAGGAGAACACACGAAGAAAUAUGGUGUUAAAGCAGAACUCUUAAUAGGCAAUUGUUAAGCGAGUAAGGACAAAAGAAGUAAUUAUAAUUUAACAGUUUUCAAGUUACUCUAUUUUAUCAAAGCAACUAGAAAAAAAUAUAUUAUGAUGGGAAGAUCUCACACAGGUGAAGGGAAGCAGUGGGGAGGAGGGGAGGGUUAGGUUGAAAUUGGGAAAUAAAAUAAUAUAUGGGACAGCAAAGGAUAUAAUAGAUUCUUAUAGAAUAGUAAUAUAUUGUAACCAGAAUAGAAGUUUAAAAGUGGAAGUAAAUGUACUUUUUGUUUUUUCAUUAUUGUAAUAGUUAUUAUUAUUUCUUAUCAGUAGAAGGCAAUGUUAAUUUAGACUUCUUUGUUUUGCUGUCUGUAUAAUUUUUUUUUAAGUCAAUAAAAAAAAAAAAGAUCUCUCAAUCAUAGGAAAUUGGGGUAUGGUAAUGGAAAGUCCAUGGCCCGUUGAGGAUGUUGCCAAAGUUUGGAUGCCUUGGCUGAGAAUGCAAACCCCAAGGAACCCAAAUUCUCACAAUAACUUUGAGGUGACCAUUGAUGUCCCCCUCGGUCAGCUUCUUCCCUGGCAGAUUGGGGUAUACCAUAUGAGGAAUGGCUAAGGGAGCUGGGCAUGUUUAGCCUGGAGAAGGGGAGGUUAAGGGGUGAUAUGAUAGCCAUGUUCCAAUAUAUAAAAGGAUGUCACAUAGAGGAGGGAGAAAGGUUGUUUUCUGCUGCUCCAGAGAAGCGGACACGGAGCAAUGGAUCCAAACUACAAGAAAGAAGAUUCCACCUAAACAUUAGGAAGAACUUCCUGACAGUAAGAGCUGUUCGACAGUGGAAUUUGCUGCCAAGCAGUGUGGUGGAGUCUCCUUCUUUGGAGGUCUUUAAGCAGAGACUUGACAACCAUAUGUCAGGAGUGCUCUGAUGGUGUUUCCUGCUUGGCAGGGGGUUGGACUCGAUGGCCCUUGUGGUCUCUUCCAACUCUAUAUUUCUAUAUGAUGUCCACAUCCCUAGGGAAAACUCCCUUGCUUAUUGGGGCCACUUAUACAUCCUCCAUGUGGGGCUACCUUUGAAGGUGACUCGGAAACUGCAAUUAAUCCAGAAUGCGGCAGCUAGACUGGUGACUGGGAGCAGCCGCCAAGACCAUAUAACACCGGUCCUGAAAGAUCUUCAUUGGCUCCCAGUACGUUUCCGAGCACAAUUCAAAGUGUUGGUGCUGACCUUUAAAGUCCUAAAUGGCCUCGGUCCUGUAUACCUGAAGGAGCUUCUCCACCCCCAUCGUUCAGCCCGGACACUGAGGUCCAGCACCGAAGGCCUUCUGGCAGUUCCCUUGCUGUGAGAAGUGAGGUUACAGGGAACCAGGCAGAGGGCCUUCUCGAUAGUGGCGCCUGCCCUGUGGAACGCCCUCCCAGCAGAUGUCAAAGCAACAAACAACUAUUUUACUUUUAAAAGACACCCGAAGGCGGCCCUGUUUAGGGAGGUUUUUAAUGUCUGACUCUGUAUUGUUUUUGAUAUUUGGUUGGAAGCCACCCAGAAGGGCUGGGGAGACCCAGUCAGAUGGGCAGGGUAUAAAUAAAUUAUUAUUAUUAUUAUUAUUAUUAUUAUUACUCCACAAAGUGGAAAUGCAUUCCCAACAAAAGAGGACAACAGACUUGUGCAGAGAAAGAGAUGGAAAUGUGGAAAUGAUUACUGUAAUGUAUAGAAAUGCAGGACUAGAGCAAGGAGGACUGUGACCUCUGUGCCUGCCUAUGCUGUCCGGAUGGGCAACUCUUGUGUGCCAAGGCCCGGUGACCCGCAGUUCCCUAGUGGAUAGUAACCUCCCUCCAUCCAAACAAAGGCUUACUCAACGCCUAACCUCACAAAGUUGCGACGAUUGCUACAAGGUAGGUGUAUACCAAAUGGCUGGUGUGAAGGGCGUGAGAGGAGGGCUCUCUGGCCAUGCCACGAUUUAAAUUUCCCAUGGCCACGCCUCCUGCUGACACUAAUUGGUCGGUGGAGCUACCCCUGGGUGGGGCCCUGCCCAGCGACGCAGCCUAGAUGGCAAAAGUGGCAACGUGUUUAAGUUGCUAACUAUACAUUGGAAUCUGCUCUGGAUCAAAAGGAGUAGAAUUCAUGACAAGAUGGAUGACAAUUAGGGAGCCUUUCCAAGUCUGCAGUUCUACUAGUCUAUGAUAACUGGACUUCAACCAGGGGACAACUUCAAACUGAGGACUGUCCUCUCUACAACAAGGUCCAUGCCCACCUUCCCCUUGGUCUGUGUUGCAGGACACUGUGGUUGCCCUCCAGGCCCUCUCCCUCUACGGUGCCCUUACCUACUCCAAGAGCAGCACGGGCCCAGAAGUGACCCUGAGCUCCACAGGGGGCGUCCUGAGGCAGUUCCAUGUGGACAGCACCAACCGCCUGCUUCUCCAGUGCCAGGCUCUGCCCAGAGUGCCAGGGGACUACGUCAGCACGGCCACGGGGGAAGGCUGUGUCCACGUCCAGGUGAGUGAGUGUCCCACCCGGGAUGGGUGCCUGGCAAAGAGAAAGUGUGACAUGUGGUGUUCUGGAUCACAGCAACACAACUGCUUGGGCCAGCACUGCCUGGCGCAAAGAUCGGGUGGCCCACGAGACUGUUGAGGUUGCACAAGGUGGUGGCAGCUUUGCUUUGGAAGACAUUGCCCUGCCCUAGAAAUGAUCAGCUCCUUCUGGUGGAGUAUGGAGAAACCAAAUUGGGGCAGUUGCCCCGAGCAGGUAGCAAGAACAAAAGGAUAGGGGGACCCCGAUCUUGGCAGCAGUAUGUUUGGAAAUGAUCUAAGGGUCAACAUUGUGUUAGCCAAGAAGCUAAUGCAGUUCUAGACUGCAUCAGUGGAAGUAUUGUGUCCAGAUCAAGAGAAGUCAUAGUACCACUGCCUGGAGUAUUGUGUCCAAUUAUGGGCACCAAAGUUUAAGAAAGGUAUUGAAAAGCUGGAAUGUGUGCAGAGGAGGGCAACCAAGAUGAUCAAGGGUCUGGAGACCAAGCCUUAUGAGGAACAAUUGAGGGAGUUGGGUAUGUUUGGUCUGGAGAAGAGAAGACUGAGGGGUGACAUGAUAGUCAACUUCAAACAAACUGAAGGGCUGUCACAUGGAGGAUGGAGCAAGCUUGUUUUCUGCUGCUCCAGUGGGUAGGACCAAUGGGUUCAAAAUACAAUAAAAGAGAUUCCAACUAACCAUUGGGAAGAACUUUCUGACAGUAAGAGCUGUUUGGAGGGUAGUGGGCAGUCCUUCACUGGAGAUUUUAAAUGGAGUUGGGAUGGCCAUCCGUUAGGGAUUCCUUAGCUAGGAUUCCUGCAUUUCAUGGGGUUGGACAAAUGAUCCUUGGGAUCCCUUCCAACUCUACUAUGGUUCUAUGACCAGUAAGCAAGGGCUUAUCGCAACUUAGCAAGCCAGGGAAUGGAAACAGGUCAUUCAGAAUCCUAGAGAUGUGCCAAUGAAGGGAUAAGUUGUUCCAGCAAAGGCUAGAUGCUAACCGAACCAUUAUAUUGUCUCUAAGACCCUCCACCCUUAAAGGGGCAGACCUCCAGCCUGAAGCUGGGGCCUGUGUCCUCUCUCUGCUAACUCUCAUACAGCCCUCAGGUGUGAGGACUCUGGCCCAUCUGGGGGUAUUGGCUAGGGGGCUGCAUUGGUUGAUGGGCUCAGUGAUGUCAAGAUCCAUAUUAGCCCCUUGUGUCACAGUCUGGUUCACAGGUGAUCGAAAUCCUGGCAGGGGACAUCAGGACCAGGGGCAAAAUGACCAGGUGGGAGCAGGAACGGGGGUCAGGAAGCCAAGAGUCCAAGGGUCAGAGAGCUGGGAGUCAAGAAGCCGAAGGUCAAGAAGCAAGGAGUCAUGAAGCCAAGGGUCCGAGGAUCAAGAAGCAGGGAGUCAAGAAGCCAAGGUUCAAGGAUCAGGAAGCAAAAAGCCAAACACAGCAAGGCAGGAAAGCGUGUCACUGUGGCAAAGAGCCGAAGGGAAAUGUUGACCUUAUAUCCCUUCCCAGCUCUUGCCACCAGGUGCUGUGAGUUACCAAUUGGCCUCACCUGUGUGGCCGCACCUUGCCUCUUCAGAACAAGUCCUGCAAAGUCCUAUCGGUCACAGGGCCUGGCUCUUGCAUGCACACCUGACACCUUGGUUGGCUGUGCUACUGCCCUCCUGGUUCCAGAGGCCUCUUACCCUCUGAGUUGGUGUCCGAGUCACUGUUGGAAACCUAGGUCAUGCCUGAUGCAGAGAGAGAGAGAGAGAGAGAGAGAGAGAGAGAGAGAAAGAGCCGCCCAUCAGAAGUCAAGGAGAUAAAAGAACUACACAACUUUUAGAAGACAUCUGAAGGCAGCCCUGUAUCGGGAAUUUUUUAAAUGUUUGAUGUUUUACUAUGUUUUUAUGUGUGCUGGAAGCCACCCAGAGUGGAUGGGGAAACCCAGCCUGGUGGGUGGGGUAUAAAUAUUAAAAUUACAGUGGUGCCUCGCAAGACGAAAUUAAUCCGUUCCGCGAGUCUCUUCGUCUUGCGGUUUUUUCGUCUUGCGAGGCAUGGCUAUUAGCGGCUUAGCGGCUAUUAACGGCUUAGCGGCUUAGCGGCUUUAAGAAAAAGGAAACAAACUCGCAAGAACUCACCAGACGUUUCUGUCAGAGGAUUGAUUUAUUGCUCAGAUAAGCGUCCGGCACGCUUCCCCAUCGCACAGCUCUGCAUUCCAAAGACCACAUAUCAAAGCUUAGCAGAGUUCGUCAGCGGUAAGAGAAAGACUGCAAAAAAACUCCAGUGCCUUCUUCAGUGUGCUUAAAUAAAGUCCACUCAGGAUCUUAGCAGCUAAAAGCAGUUUUAUUUACAGCAGACUAUCCAUUAUCUAUCACAGUGAACAGCAUCGCGAAAACACGUCCUCUCUCCUCAAAAGCGAAAGUAGAGAGAAAGAACAAAGGCUCUCGGCUCUCGGAACUUACGCAGAAGUUCCCCCCUUCCAACAGUAGGCGGGGCGUACACUCUGAGCUGUUUAACCCUGUAAGCUCAGGUUCUCCUCACAGUUUCGUCUUGCGAAGCAAGCUCAAAGGGAAAUUCGUCUUGCGGAAUGACUCAAAAAACGCAAAACCCUUUCGUCUAGCGAGUUUUUCGUCUUGCGAGGCAUUCGUCUUGCGGGGCACCACUGUACUAAUUAUUAUUAGAGUCCUGUUUCUUUUCCAGACCACUUUGAAAUACAACGUGCAGCCACACCAGGAAGAGGCGCCAUUCAUGCUGGAGGUGCACACAGUUCCAGAGACCUGCGCUGGACCCAAAGCCCACAAAACAUUUGACGUUGCCAUCAAUGUCAGGUAGUCCCCUUCAUUGGCCAAGGCUAUUUGGGAAUCUGGACCACUCCACAAUCAGGAUGUAUUAGAACAGAGGUUCUCAACCUGUGGGUCCCCAGAUGUUGUUGGACUACAACUCCCAUCAUCCCUGUGCUCUGGCCUUGCUAGCUAGGGGUGAUGGGAGUUGUAGUUCAACAACAUCUGGGGACCCACAGGUUGAGAAAGGCUGUAUUAGAAGAUGGAUAGAUGGUUACGGGGUGGGCUGUCAGGGGCGAAGAGUGGUGCGAUUAUUUCCCCUCUCUCUUUGGGUUCUCAGUUACACCGGCAACCGACUGGCCUCCAACAUGGCCAUCGUCGAUGUUAAGAUGCUCUCAGGAUUCGUCCCAGUGAAGCCAUCCGUAAAGCAGGUAAGAGCUUCGUUUGUGUGUGAAGGCCCCGCCACAAACAGAAGCCUACUUCCUUGGCUGUAGGAAACCUGAGAAGAAAAUGGCUGCCUUUGCCAUAUUGCCUACCUACCCCAGGCAUCUUCUCUCCAAAAACAGCCACGAGGAUCCCUCUGGGUGUCUCACAAGCGGGACUUCUCCUUGUGUUUGUUAGUCUGUCUCCAAACUUUGCUACUCUGAGGCCUGCAACCUUUGUUCACAGAGGCGCCAGUGAGCUUUCGCAGCUGAUGGAUACAGUAAUUGGCCAUGGGAUUGUCCAAUCCCGUCUUGGUUUUAAAGUCAGCUGACCUAACGGGCAUAAUCAUAUCUUGGGGCUGCGAAUGUUGUACUAGCUUGCAAUGUCCACUAGCCACUAGUUAAGUCACUUGGAGACCUUCUGGUGACAAGUGACUAAUAAGUCGAAUGAAUGAAUGAAUGAAUGAAUGAAUGAAUGAAUGAGUAUAAGCCAAGGACACCACACAGCUCAACCUCCUCUGCCAGGACUACAGAGAAGUCUCUCCUUGCCCUCACCUUAAGGUAGACUAUGCUGAGGCUUCAGAGAUCGCCUUUCCCCAUAUAUGCCCACUCGACCCCUUCGAUUGGUGGAACUGGCAUUGUUACAUUUGCCGCAUAAUACCCGUUCUGCGUUUGUAAGAACUCGAUCUUCUAGUGUGGCAGCACCUGCACUGUGGAACUCCCUGCCUCUUGACACCAGGCAACUGUUAAAAACAUUCUUGUUUUGACAAGCCAACCCAGGUGCUUAGGAAGCUAAUGCGAGUUUUAAUCUGUUUUAGCUUUAAUCUAUUUUAAUCUGUUAUAGCAGUCUACUGCUAUAUUAACUUUUUGAAAGUUUCAAACUAUUGUUGUUGAUGUUUCUUAUUCAGAGAUUUAUGAUUUUAUCUUUUUCAUGAACUGCUUUGAGGUUGCUUUUUUACAGUCAAUAAGUGUACGAAUUUUAUGAAAUAAAGAAACAACAACAAACUUCAUUUUGCGCCCACCAGCUGGAAAGCCACAAUCUGGUCCAGCGCACGGAAGUGAGCACCAGUCAUGUCCUGCUGUAUUUGGAGAAGGUGAGCAACGAUGUCAGGCUUGGGCAAUUCUCUCCUCCCCCGGGAGAAUCAAGGAAGAAACAAGAAAGUUCGUAUUUAUGGUUUUAUUCAGUCAUUGUGUUGCAAGACAAAGAACCCAGCCCUGAACUCCACAGUGAUGUUGCUCACUUUGAGCUCCUCCCCGUCUUUCCCCAGCAACAGUACAUGGAGGGCCUCAGAAGACAAAUGUCAUUGAGCCCUUUGCUCUUGAAUUCUAAGUGAGCGGAGAGUCCGUGGGGAUGGUGGUGCUUCUAUGCUCUGUCUCUGUUGCCAGUUCUCCCCCUCCUUCUCCUAACAGCUCAUAACUUGGCAGCUCUGCGUUCUGCUGUAAUUCAAUCCUGUUUCUCUCUUCUCCUGAAACUGCUGGAGAAAGGGGGGGGCAAUCCCCCCACCCCCUCCUCCAAUGGAUGCAGAAGAGAAAGAGGAGGCGAUCCCUAGCCCUCCUCUUCUGUCCAGUCCCUGACAAAAGAGGGCAGAGACAGGAGGCAGGAGAAUCUCUCCUUUGGUCCAGUAUACCUGAAGGAGCGUCUCCACCCCCAUCGUUCUGCCCGGACACUGAGGUCCAGCACCAAGGGCCUUCUGGCGGUUCCCUCACUGCAAGAAGCCAAGUUACAGGGAACCAGGCAGAGGGCCUUCUCGGUAGUGGCACCUGCCCUGUGGAACGCCCUCCCACCAGAUGUCAAAGAGAAAAACAGCUACCAGACUUUUAGAAGAAACCUGAAGGCAGCCCUGUUUAGGGAAGCUUUUAAUGUUUGAUGUAUUACAGUAUUUUAAUAUUUUGUUGGACGCUACCCAGAGUGGCUGGGGAAGCCCAGCCAGAUGGGCGCGGUAUAAAUAAAUUAUUAUUAUUAUUAUUAUUAUUAUUAUUAUUAUUAUUAUUAUUAUUAUUAUUAUUAUCUGGGUGCACCGGUGGGCAGAGUGAGAGGAAGGUGGGAUUUGCUCCUCACACUCAUUCCUUUGGAAACAUGGAUAAGCUACCAGGGCAGUGGUUGAGCUUCUCUCUCUCUCUCUCUCUCUCUCUCUCUCUCUCUCUCUCUCAUUGCAAACCAGCCAUUGCACCUCCAAAUUGCAUAAUGGGAGUACUGCAAUAUUGAUUCUGUGAUUCCACAAUCACUUGGCUAUGUGAGAGGAGGGAAGAGAGGAUGAUACUGUUCAAACCCUUCCUCUUCUUCACCUCAAGGAAGGACAGAGGGAUGGUGGGGAGCCUGUGGAGGAGAUUUCCUUCCUGCAUAGAAGGUUGGAGUUCGUUGGGAGAGAAGGCUUGGCAUUUAGGGUACCACUCUGAACGCUGCUCAUUGUAGCCGCUGGAGAUGUGCAGGGCAUCAGAUGGGGAAGAUUGUAACUGUGUGUGAGAGAGGCACUGACAAACCAGAAGCCCUAAACAAUCCCACCAGGGCUCCUUACACACCCAUUGCAGAAGGGGGCCUCUCAGAUACGGGGAAAUGAACCUUCUGGAGAAGCCGUCCUAGAGAAAAGACAAAGUUUUGUUCAUGCCCUCCGCCAUUUCUUUGCUGGAUGUGUGAAGGUCUGUCUUAGCUGCCAGUUGACUCAUAUCUGGAACUAAUAAUAAUAAUAAUAAUUUAUACCCUGCACAUCUGCCUGGGUUUCCCCAGCCACUCUGGGUGGCUCCCAACAGAAUAUUAAAAACACAAUAAAACAUCAAACAUUAAAAACUUCCCUAAACAGGGCUGCCUUGUUCCCUGUAACCUCACUUUUCAGAGUGAGGGAACUGCCAGAAGGCCCUCGGAACUGGACCUCAGUGUCCAGGCUGAACGAUGGGGGUGGAGACGCUCCUUCAGGUAUACUGGACAGAGGCUCUUUAGAGCUUUAAAGGUCAGCACCAACACUUUGAAUUGUGCUCGGAAACGUACUGGGAGCCAAGGAAGGUCUUCCAGGACUGGUGUUAUAUGGUCUCCGCGGCCACUCCCACUCACCAGUCUAGCUGCCACGUUCUGGAUUAGUUGUAGUUUCUGGAUCACCUAAAAGGUAGCCCCACAUAGAGCGCAUUGCAGUAGUCCAAUUGGAAGAUAACCAGAGCAUGCACCACUCUGGCGAGUCAGUCUGUGGGCAAGGAGGGUCUCAGCUUGCGCACCAGAUGGAGCGAGUAGACAGCUGCCCUACACACAGAAUCUCAGCAGUCUUGUGAUUCUGUAUCUCAAGUGAUGAUCCCACCUGCUUGUCCACAGGUGACCAACAUGACCCAGAGCUACACCUUCACUGUGGAGCAGGACGUGCCUGUCCAGAACUUAAAGCCGGCUGUGGCAAGAGUCUAUGAUUACUAUGAAACAGGUGAGAAAGGCCCCCCACAUUGAAGACCAUUAAGGUUCACAUAUCCCACUUCUUAGUUAACUCCCAAAGCAAAAUUUAGAACCGUCAUGCAAUAGGUGCUUUUAUGAGCAUUCUGCAACCAACCUCUUAAAAACCACCCACUUGUCUAAAUGUGGUGAUGGAGAAAGCUCUGGGGGGCAGAGGCUGGCCUGACCAUCUUUCUCUGUUGCUUCCCUCUCUUUCCAGAUGAUGGUGCUGAUGCAGAGUACAGCGCCCCCUGCAGUACAGGUAGAGUAUGAACAGAGAUUUCCUUGUGCAAAUCUGAACUGGCUCGAAACUACCAAAGGCCAUCCCAGACCACAAUCCAGCUUUCUUCGGGGGGCAGGACAUGAUAUAGGGGAGUGGUUUCCAAACCUUUUAGGGCCUCUGCCCCCUUGGUUCCCCCCAAAAAGUUGACAGCUAUGUCCUACCCUACCCUAUAAAAAGCAUUAUUCAAAACAGCAGUUUUCACGACCCACGAAUGAAGGCAAGAACACAAUAAAAUUCAAAACAGUGGCAAUGAAUUGCAUGUUUAUUGAAAACCCAAUUCAACUCUUUCAUUGAGUCCACAAAAUGGAUGAGUUUGAUGCAGUGCUGCCAGAUUUGUAAAGCCUGAUAGUCACUUACACUUCCAGCACCGCCCCCCUUGCUGCCCACUUGCCUCUUAGCACCACCCCAAGUCAUCCCACUGCCCCCCCAGGGCAUGGUACUGCCCAUUUUGGGAACCACUGAUUUAGCGUCCUGGAUUAAAGCGACUUGAAUGGAGGCCAGGCCUCCUGUUGGGCAGGUUGAGGGGCCCCACCUGGGCUGCCAGGUUUGGGGAAGGGCAUGAAACGGCAGUAGUUGGGCAUAUGGGGGGGUUGGAGGGGGGUUGCCAUCUGGAUCUCCUGCCUCUGUUUCCCCAGAGCAUAUUGGGACACUUGUGGGUGAAUGCUUGGCCAAAGGAGAUUCUUAUACUCUUUCCUCCACUGCAGCCGAAACUAAACAGGGGAAUGCAUGAUGAAGAAUGCAGCCCAUCGCUUCCCAGGCGGACUCUGCUGGCAUCUGCUCUCCUCGCUGAUCCAAAUAGGACUAAUUUAGCCAGCUAGCCCUGGUGAUCAUCUAAUGUCUAUUGGAUGGAUUUCUCCCCUAAAUUGAUUUUUUAAUUCUGAAUUUAUUGUUACGUUUUAUACUGUAUUUUAUGCUGUUUUUUGUUGCAUCAAUUAAGUGUUUUAAAUUUGUUGUUAGCUGCCCUGAGCCCAGUUUUCUGAACCAGGAAGGGUGGGGUAUAAAUGAAAAAUUAUUAUUAUUAUUAUUAUUAUUAUUAUUAUUAUUAUUAUCUUCCUUCCACCGGAUAAGGAGGCGGGACAGAGCAGUGGCUGUGAAGAGGGAAGAAGGAUUUCUCCAAAUGCAAGGCUCAUCCACAUCUCUGCUUUCCCCUUGGGAAGAAGCCACUUUUUAACCACUGAGUCGGAGCAAACAUUGAUUGGGUUUUCUCCAUAUUGAGGUUUGCUCUGAUUUAGCGCUCAAGAGAGAGUUAUCCAAGGGAAAGUAGUGGGGUAAAGGAAAUUUUUUCUAGAAAUGGGACAAGCGGAAGUAUGUGGCCCAAUGUGCUUAUUCCACCCCUUGAUAGUCCCAAAGGUCUGAACUGCAGCCUGCCCUGCUCUGCCAAAACCCGGAAUAACAAAAGGAAGAAGAGGGUAUCACUACAAACUCAGACCUCCUUUGUUGUUUUUUGUUUUCCUUUUGAGAUCCUUCUGUAUGGCUUCAAUUUCCCUCUACAGGAUAAAAUAAAAGAGAACUAUAUUUUUGAUUCCAG